GGUGUUCUUAAUGUUUAGUACAAUCACUAUAUACUCUUAUGCUGAAAGAGCACAUUUGAUAAUGUUUUACCUUUACUGCCAUUCACUGGUAAAUCCUGCUCAUUUGUCCCUGUCUGCGAACACAAUUUAUUUCUUACCUGGCUGAAAGCUGUUUGCAGACACACCUUGCUAUAUUCCACAGUCACAGCAGCCCAAUGGAGUAUUCGCCUACAUUCCAGACGUGAGUACAAUGCUUGCAUCUUAUAUUCGAUUAAUAUUGAAUGAUGAUCCCCAGCGUGUAGUACAUGGCUGGUGGAUCUUACGAUCACACUCAAAGUGAUUCUUCUCUGUGUCUUACCUGGGUAAAUGUUACACAAACAAGAGAGAAAAUAAUGGAAAAAAAAAAAAAGUUAAACAUAUUCAAUUACUUGCAUUGUUUUGAAAUGUAAAAUAUUAAAGUUCCUUUAAACUGGGAUAUAUGAGACAGUUGUGGCACUAGACCAUGGCCAAGUUAUUGGUAACGGCACCACUUAUAGAAUAGAAUAGAUAUUGGGCUAUGAUUGGAAAUGGCAUAAUAUAAGCGUGUUCCAUUACAAAGCUUGUCUAAAUAGUAUUCUUUCCAGAAUGCCAGACAGCAAGCAUGUCAUAUGCAUAGUUUUGUUGUUGUUUUUUUUGGCGUGUAGAAUGGAUAUCAUUUAUGUACAUUCUUCAUUUUGCCAGCCUUCUUAUAAGUUGGUGAGACUGUAAAAAUGGACAUGUAAAGCCUUGUUUAUAUACAAAAUGUCUUAUUUUCUGCAUGACCAAGUCAAUUUAAAAAUGUGACCGUUUUUGUGUCUAUUGAAGUGAAAGUUAGUAUAAUUGCACUCUUAUCAGCCCUUUCCCAGUAGCCAUGUAAGUUCGGAUAUGAGCCACGUGUUCCUAUGCAAUGAUUAGAAAGACAUAAUGCAACUAUAGUAAAAAGGUUUCAUUAUUUCUGUUGUAAAGAAUGUAUGAAUGAAUUAACUAAUCAAUUGCAAAACUUAUGUUUUAUGUUCUAGAGAAAUCUGUACGUGUGAUAUAGAUAUAUACAUGUAGGGGCUAAAUGUGCAUGAAGAUUUAAGUUUAUUAACUACUGUGCAGUAAGGGUCAAUAAAAAGGUUUGCUCGUUCAUUACGUUCUAUUUGGUAAGACCGGAGAAUUCAAAAAGGAAAGAGAACUACGAUUUGUUUCAGUAGAGCUUAAGAUUGAACUAUUGAGACAUGAAGCCAAAACUAUGUGUUACUCAAACACACUGAAAAUGUCAUUGAGCAAAAGGUGACAAGUUAACUGCUUUCCGAAUUACAUAAAACCUAUCUCAUGUAAUGUUAAACCAAAAUGAUUCUAAGUUGAUUUCAAAGUUUAUUGGACUUUGCGGAUGGACUCAUAAAUUGCUAACCUUAAGAUGACUCUCUGUGAUCUCAUAAGUGCGAUAGGUGUCGGUAGAUCUUAUUGAGAUAUGUACUGACUGACCUCGCAUGGUUAAUACACAUGUAGCAAAAUCUACAGUACUUAUAACUGGCAUUGAAUAGGCACAAAAGCUUCGAUUUAACAUUGUUGGGUAAACAUUUCAUAUGAUUUAAUAUUUAUGGAUAAACGUUUCAAAUGAUUUAGUAUUAUGAAAAAUAUUUUAAUUUUGUAAUAUUUUUAUAUUGUAUGAUGUAUUGAUUUUUUAUUUCUACAUGAUAUAUAGUUUAAUAUUUUGAAAAAAAUAAUUGUAAAUUUUUAUCCAAAUAUAUAAAAUCGUUUGAAAAAAACUUAUCUAACAUUAUUAAAUAGAGGCCAUAGAAAGAGAUGUCUUUAGAAACAGAAGUGUUUUGUUAUUCUUAAUUUUUAUAUAUCGCUACUUCAAUACCCUCACACUCCCGAAAACACAAACACCUCUUUCACACUUUUAUCACUCUACUUUGCCCUGUUGCUACUCCUUCUACUAACUUGAUCGCCACAAACUUCACUACUCACUUCACUGAGAAGAUUUCUGCGACCAGGGAAGAAAUCUCUAAACUCUCUCCUACCAAUACUUCCCUCAACCCUCCUCCCUAUCUUGUUCUAUGCUCCUCGCAUCUGCAAUGCCAGAAGAGGGUUUUGCAUUGUACUCCAGCCCCAAUCACUUGUUCCCACGAUCCUAUUCCCUCACAUUCCACUUGUGCUUUGUCUCUUUCUCUUGCUAAGCCCCUCACUAAAAUAUGAAAUCUCUCCCUCUACUCUGGCAUAUUUCCCUCAAGCACACAACCUUCAACCUGAUUCUAAAAAAGCCCAACUUUGACCCUAACAUCCAAUUACCACCCUAUCGCACUACUACAGUUUUCCUCCAAGAUCUGAGAGAGUUAUGCACAGCCCAAGCCCUGCAGACAGCAAGGUGUGCCUGCCCCUUUGGGAGUAGUCUGGCUGGGUUUGAACUCACUGCUCCAGCAUCCCAGUCAGGUUCUCUGCCAUGAUAUCCACUAGGGGGCUUCAGUAUCUCUCUGCAUUAUUCUGCUUCCUGACCCCCUUGCCUGGAUUAAGCAGCACUAAUCCACCUGCAGCCCUUUUCCAAUUAGGGUCAGCUGCACCUAAUUAGCAGGCUGUAAAAGCCAGCCCUGCCUGAAAGCUAGUAUCUGGUCAUUUUGCCUGUUUGGUGUUUCCUGCCAGAUCUCUGCUUCGCUACUGACUGAUUUCCUGGACUCUGACCUCUGCCUGCUUUACGGACUACGAUACUCCGCUGCCAGCCCUGACUUCUGCUUCUUGUCUAAUCCUGCCUUUGGAUUACCCUUUUAUCUGUACUGUGUUUUUGGAUUUUGCCUCCUCCUUGUGUCAUCUCCUGCAACUGGGCUCCAACUCCUGGUAAACUGUUACAUAAGUCCCCUGGUGACUGUUACAGCAAGCAAAAUUGAAAGACUUCCUUGAAUCCAACUCUUUGCUUACCCUCUUUAGUCUGGAUUCUGCACUCAUCACUCUGUUGAAACGGCUCAGAUCAAAUUAUCCAAUGAUUUAAUUGCUGCUAAAUCCAGUGGUAGCUACUCUCUUCUCAUUCUCCUUGACCUUUCUUCUGCUUACGAUACUGUUGAUCAUCAAUAACUUCUGUUCAUCCUCCCUAAUCUCGGUUUACGAGACUGCUCUUUCCUGGUUCUCCUCCUACCUUCCCAAGUCCUUCUUUUUCUGGUUCUUCCUCUUCUCUGUAACCCCUUUCUGUUGGUGUUCCCCAAGAGUCUGUCCUUGGUCCCCUACUUUUCUUAAAGGACCACUCUAGGCACCCAGACCACUUCAGCUUAAUGAAGUGGUCUGGGUGCCAGGUCCCUCUAGGAUUAACCCCCUUUUUUUUUUUUUUUUUAAUAAACAUAGCAGUUUCAGAGAAACUGCUAUGUUUAUAAAUGGGUUAAUCCAGCCUCCAAAUCCUCUAGUGGCUGUCUCAUUGACAGUUUUUAAAACUCCAUUUGCCAUGGAGCUCAGUCACUCUGAAGACUGAGAAUGAUGUGAAAAUAUGUGGAAAAACAAAGACCUAACUUUGGCCUUGAUUUAAUAUUUUUGGAUCAGCUUUUAAAAUGAUUUAAUUUUUUUUUUGGAUAAACAUUUAAAAAAAAAAUUUUUCAAUAUUAAAAUGUUUUUUUUAAAAAAAUCUUUUUUUUUUUUUCUUUUUUUAUCAAUAUAUAAAAAAAAAUCAAAAUGUUACAAUAUGUUUUCAAAAUAUUAAAUUAUUUAAAGAGGUGUAUCCAAAAAUAUUAAAUAAUUUGAAAGACAUAUCCAAAAAUCUUAAAUUGAAGCCAUCAACUUUUAAGACAUAUGUCUGUAAGUGAAGGUGUUAAAACGAAUCGCCACCUCAGCCAUUACAACCAUAGAAUUAUUGUCCCAAUGACGUACAGCCAUAAAACCACCAAGGCCGUUUUAUUCCAGCUGGUUAACGUUUGCUGAGCACCGUUCUCGUUAGCCAGCAUUAAAUUGUCAUGUAAAGAUAAUUAGGUGCUUAACAGUCAAUAUCCUGCCUUAAAAGCCUUUUUUUCGUGGAUGGCUUGUUCUGUACAUAACAUGUACGGCUGCGCUCUGAGACAGUGGCUGUGUUUACAUGUAGGAACCUAGGAUAAUAACGGAUAUAAACGGGGGUUAGAAGUUUAAGACAGCGUUGAUGGGCCUUGCAAAUGGACAGACAGACAGUAACAUAUGCUGUGCUCUGCGUGUCUGAAAAUUCAGAUAGGAAAUCUGUUUUGUGCAAUUUAUUCUCUGUAUGCAAAGGCAUCUAUUUAAAAGCCAAAGCUGUGAUCUAAUAACUAAACUGGGAAUAAAACACCCAUAUCGGAUAUGAAUCAAGUAAAGUACUUUAUGUGCUUAUAUACAUUUCUAUUCUGUUUAUAAACCCGUUACUUUUUUACUACAGCUCUGCAAAUCUUGGUCGCUGGGGGUCAGGUGGCCGAGGGGGAAGAUAAAGGUGAAUUUACUUACCUGAGCCUGUCCCUCAUGGGAGCUGCCAUCUUGGUCCGGUGUGGUCCUCCUCAUCGCUGACAUCACUGCUCUACUCUUGCGUAUGUGCAAGAGUACAGCAUUGAGGUCUAUGGAGAAUCCCGCAAGACCAUGGAAUCCUCCAUAGACACAGCAAGUUCGGCUGCAGGGACUGACUCUUAGACUCCACCAUGAGUCUGUUAAAGUUAGGCGAGAGAAAAAAUACAGAGAAAUACAGUAGUCCCUAUUUGUAGUGAAAUUCCAAUUCCACUGUCAUAAUGAGUAUAUCAUAAAGAUUCUAUCUUUAUGAAAUACAAAUUUUUUUGGGGGGAAGAGGGUUGACAGUGCAGCUUUAAAUCACUCAUGGGGAGAAUAAGGUGAAUGACUUUUAGUCAAUGCAUGUGAGCCUGCACUGCAUUGAGCCAAUCAGAAGCAGAGGUGACCAGGUGAGUCACUUCUGCUUUUUCUGGCUUUCUCAUGAGACCCUGUGUGAGUCAGCCACAGUCCUGAGUGCUGCUAGUUCCAGUCUGCCACCCACCACCAGUCCACCACCACUUCCAGUGUCAGGCUGCCAGUCCAGCUCUGUGCCAAGACUGCCAUCCAACCGAGUCACCUGCGUCUGCUGCCAUCUGCCAGCCUGAGCCUGCCAUUGUGCCACCUGCCCUGCUGCCUAACUUAUCAAGUACUUUAAUUUUGCUGGACCUGGUUCUGCUAGAUUGCAAGCUCUUGGUGAAAUUACCUGUAUGCCCUGGUCACCAAUCUAACUCAAGUUAGCAGAUAUGAGUAAAGAACUGAAUAAAAAAAACACCCUAAUAAGAAUAUAUAAGGUGUCAACAGAUUAUACUUAUCAAUCGUUAAGUGUCAGCCUCCCUCAGAUCACCCCCAGUCAGCAAUCCCACAUCAACAAAGAAAUUUAUACAGAAAAAAAGAUGAAACCAACAGUUCUUCACAACACAGGCAUCUGGAUGUCAGUUAUGUCCUGGUUUAUAUAUGUAAUUGCAAAGACUGAAGAAAAUGUCCUCAAGAGCUUGCAGUCUCAUUCUUUACCUAAAUUAACAUAAUGGGUGUGGGUGUGUUUUUUGUUGGGGGGAGUGGGGCCACAUUUCAUCCUUGGAUUUAGGGAGCACGAUGUCUUGGGCCAGCCCUUCCAUACAUGCCCCAUCUGAGGCCGCCCCACACAUCCAGUCUGUGUAAGAGGCAGACACGGUGAUCAAACAUGUCAAUUUACAGAUACAGAGGUUCUAUGUAACCAUGCACUGUCACUGAAUAGACCAAAGAACUGCAACAUUUUCUGUCAACAUAGUUAAUUUAAAAAAAAAUGUCUGCACUAUUUUUUACAGCUCUACCUAGAUUUCUCCACAAUUCCCAGUUUAACGAGUAAUCCUAAUAGUGUUUGUUAAGUUGUGUUAAAUUCUUUCCAGAUAACAAACAUUAUCGGAAUAUAAGCAACCAGUGUAGAAAUAUGUGUUUUUCAAGAUUAGUAUUCUCGGGAUAUAUUAGCAUCUUUGUACUAGAACUUCCUGUACUUUAUUUUCUAGAUAAUGACUCUUGAAUGGUUUUUGUUCGAGGUCUAGCUUUGCAGAUGUCAAAAACAUGCUCCUUUAAUGUGAAGCUGUCAUAACGCCUUCAUUUUUCUUGUUUGCAAUUCUCUGAGCGAUAAAUAAUGAAUGUAUCAUAAAGAUCAAUGAUAUAUAGCAUUGCACAAGGAGCUAUUAGCUCAAUGUUUACCCCUUUCCUGCUCCGCUGUGGCUGCCGUUAAUAAGUUUCGUUAAUGUUACACUAGUGUCACAAUCACCAUAAUUCUCCCUACCUACCACCCACCUCCAGUCUGAACCAUCUGCAUUAUGUCAGUGAAUUGCUGUCAUAUAAUUGAUUGACAUGGGAGGGGACAUUGCUCAUUUAUUUAGUUUUUUUUUUUUUGUUUGUUUAUUAGAAAACCAAUGAGCAUACAGAAACCUUCACUAAAAUAGGUUUAAGGAAAUAAAAGGUAAAUAAUAUUCCACAUAUUUCUCCCAAGAGAAAGAUAUUAAUUAAAGGGAUACUUUAAAAAUCAUUAUGGUGUCCGGAGAUCCUUGGUGCCAUCUUAUCUGAAGGCUGCUGUUGUGUUAUGUUGCCAGCAGUACCCUGUCUCUGUUUCCCAGUAGUGGGGCAAACAGUUUGGCAAUGGUUUGCCCCCCUUACCUGGGUCCCUGCCUGGCUCCGAUGCUCCCUGGUGGUCCAGUGAUGCACUUACGACUUUUGCAGAGCUGUAGAAGGCUGAAACCGCGGACGUUGACAUUCUUUGGUUGAGUUCAUCAGCUGACCACUCUCUGAUGACAUGAACGCUGAUGACACCCCAGUGAAUCGACCGAAGGAGUUACACCUCUGGCAGCCGAGGGGUUAAACUUCAUUUGUGUAGCCUUUUUUAAAGCAAAACGAUGCACAUUCAGACUCCAGGCACCAUGACUACUUCAAAUCAUGAUGCCUGGAAUUACUCUUUAAGGGGUUAAACCAUUUGCAAACAGUUUAAUCCAAAGUCCUCUCAAUGUCACCUGUCCUACUGGUCACUAUACCUCUUUCUCCACGCAUGGGCAUUGACGUCUUAAUUAGACCUUCCCCAUAGGAAGGUAUUGAAUCAAUGCUUUCCUAUCUGGUUUUCCAAGAUGUUGGGUGUCCUUGUGUAAUUAAACUCUGGGAAACUGCAGGAAGCACCACUAGAUGUGUCUUCCUUGCAAUAUUUUCAGCUGCAGAGUUAAGGGAACAGGGACACUGCAUUUAAACAACUUCAAUGAGAUGCUUGUGACCAGCAAUAUAUGACUGUAGUAACCAGGGGCGGAUCCAGAACCAAAUCUCGUGGUGGACUAUAACGGGGUGAAAAAGGCUGCAGCGGAAGGAUAGGGCACUCUAGUUUAGGGGAUACGAGGCUGUACACAUAUGGGGCCACACACAGGGAUAUGGAAACACAAUAACACACUGACACCUACACACAAAUACAAACAUAUACCUUCAGGUACACACACAGAUAUACCUACACACACUGGCACACACACAGAUACACAUACCUACACAUAAAUACACACAUACACACACUGGCACAUAGAUACACACACAUACCUGCACAUACACAAACUGGCACAUAGAUACACACAUACCUACAAAUGCACACUGGCACACACACAGCUACACAUACAGACACACAGACACGCACAUGCACACACUGGCACACAUACCUUCACAUACACACACAGAUACAAGGUAAUAGAAUAUACAGGCAAAACUCCAGGUACUGAAGGUGUAUUUAUUGGAGGGUAGAACACCCCAUAAAAGUGUGACGUUUCAGCCCUUGAGGGCCUUAAGCAUGAUUAACCUUCAGUACCUGGAGUGUUGCCUGUAUAUUCUAUUGCCUUGUAUUGUUGGACGGAUUAGCAGUGUCUGUCUAAUGCAGAGCACCUCUGAGGCUGUGGGCCGGAGUGAAAAGCGAAACCUGAGUGCAGUGGUUGUCUGUGGUACACACAGAUACACACACAUACAUACUCACAGAUACACACUGACACUCACAGAUACACAGUGACACUCACAGAUACACACAUAUACAUACUCACAGUUACACACUGACAGUCAUAGAUACACACACUUACACACAAACAUACUCACAGGUACACACUGACACACACAUACUCACAUAUACUCACUGAUACACACUGACACUCACAGAUACUCACACUGACACACACAAAUACACAAACAUACUCACAGAUACACACUGACACACACAGAUACACACAAACAUACUCACAAAUACACACUGACACACACAGACGCACACACAUACUAACAUGUACACACAUACUCACAUAUACACGCACAUACUCACAGAUACACACUGACACUCAUAGAUACACACUAACAUACACAAUUGCCCCGUUGCCCCCUCCCCGCAUCCCACCUGGAUCUGAUACUGGUAGCAACAGACACUUUCUGGAGGGUUACAAACAUUUAUUCAGGUUUUCUCUGAAGCAUAACUACUGCAUAAGGCAGACAUAACCGAAAGAACAAAAUCUAAAAUGAAACAUGCCUCUAGAUUUUGUCUGCAAACGGAAUGUGGACAAUCUUGCACAAAAGAUGUUCAACAGAUACAGAAGACACCAAGAAGAUUCAGUGUCUGAUUUUUCUUUCUUCAUGGCUUAAAGGGACACUACAGGCACCACAAACACUAAAGAUAACAAGAGCAUUUACCAAAGUCAUAGCUCGGGCAGCCUCUGAUAGGAGUACAAAUAAUAGCACAUUAGAAGGAUUCGCUAAUCGCGGCACAAGAGGCCACAUAGUCUCCAACACACUGAUUCUGAACCUAAAACCGCAACAUUGCUAAGAUACAUAAAGAUCUGGAAAAUAUUUCACACCUGGUGGAAAUCCCUGAGUACAUAUUAAUUCUCCUCCUAGAGCAGCAUUUUGCUGCACAUGCGCACUAAACUCCCAAUGCUUUCUUGAUCUCACCCAUAGUGGAGUGGCUUUCGUGCAGUCCAAAGCAGUGUGGGCUGAAAAGUAAGUAAAUCUCAUCUUUCAAACCCUCAUAUGGAGGUGGGCACAUCUAAAAAGAAAGCAGGACACUACAGCUUUUGUAAUAUAUGUUUGCCUUUAUAACACUAUAGUGUUUCUUUAAUAAUACAAAUUUCUUUUUAUACACCCAUUCUUAUAUCCAAGGUAGAACCUCUCUCGUUUAAUUAAUAAUGCAGAUUGGAUAUUAAAGAGAAGUAAUUCUCCGGUAAUAAUUAUCGCUUAGAGACCUCUCUAUUUAGUUAUUUAUUUAUUUAUAGAGGAUAAAUUUAAAAAAAAUGUAAUGUUAAUUGUGAAAGGAACAUUUAAAGAUGUAUGGGAGAAAUAAUCGUACAUUAUAAAGAGGUUGUUUUUGCAACAGUAUACUAGGAAAGAAUUUUAUGACUCAGUCAUAUGGCAUACCAUAAAGUAGACAGUCACUCUUCUUGUUCUUCAUUCUUCAUAUUAAAUCCCAGUAAAUACUGCUGUGUUCACACGAAACCUCCCAAAUUCAACCUUUACUCACAUAAAUGGCCAUAAAAACCUCCAGAUCACGUGUCAUGUCGUGCUUCCUAAUUGCUUUCUUAAUUGACCAGUCUGGAUCUUCCGUAGGAGUAGUUUCUGUCACGCCUGGGGUGUAUAAUUCAUUGUUGCACUAUAGAAUAUCGCUAUUUAAUGUGAUUUGUGUAGUGCAUACAUGAAUUGGCUUCCUGGUUGAGGUGGUAUGGCCAAAUUCAGCAUGGGAGGGGAUUAUUUGAUUGUAAGGGAAAGUGAUAGGUAUAAGAAGGUUUACAACAUUUAUUUCUCUUUUGAAGCAGUGACUCCAGAGUUGCUCCGUAAGGUUAAAAAAAUGUCACAUGAGUUGCAUCUAAGUCUAGCGUCAAUGUAAACUAACUGGCUAAUCUACCAUAUGCAUGUAUUCCCUCAUAGAUAGUGGACUCUUUUGAUAUGCUACGUGACCAUUACGUGACCAUUAGCAGUCAGGAGACAAUUGUCUUCCAUUGUCAUAUCCAAAGAAAUAUUAAUAAUAGUCCACAGAUGAAUAAUCAAUAAUCAUGCCUCCUUUUCUGCAUAUCCAGAACAGGGAAAGCACAACUUGCAAAAGGAGUAUAAAUAAUGCAAGCACAACUUAAGCUGUUUGGAAGGAAUUGUGAAGUCCGUUGUAUUAGGUCAUAAGUAGGAAGUGUGACAUAUGUAUGGAAUCAAAAAAUUGCAACAAAUUCAUAGGUGCAUCAUUUCUGUGGUAAGCACAAAAGAGAAAAAAAAAUCAAAAAAAUCUGUGUGGAUUGGUGUUGGUCUGAAACACAAGGUGGGGGUCACCUAUUGUUCCUAUAAGUAAGUCUUCACUCCACCUAUAACACCUCUUGGCCGGCAUGGAGACUUGAGAUAAAUAGAGGAGGUAUACAUUUAAUGAUGGGCAAAUGUCUGGUGUGCUUACUGGGGACCAAAAUCUAAUUUUGAGUAAGUCACCAUAUUUCCUUGCUAGAGCCCCCAAACAGAAAAUGCUGUUACUUUACUGUCUAAGUAAGUAGAUGGGUUUUCUGUUAUUUCUCCUUUUUAUUUAUAUCUGUUUGAUAUAAAUAGUUAGCUACAAUUUCAUUAAAAAGAUUUCCUUGAGUAAUCCUCAAGUGCAUUGUCCUAACAAUUCUAAAUAAAAUGAAGGCAAUAACAGAAAAGUUUUACCAUACUAACCAUAAUUUUCUUUUCCUGGCUUUUAUUCAUGGCAGCAUCACUUAUGGGUUACAUAGUUACAUAGUUACAUAGCUGAAAAGAGACUUGCGUCCAUCAAGUUCAGCCUUCCUCACAUUUGUUUUUUGCUGUUGAUCCAAAAGAAGGCAAAAAAACCCAGUUUGAAGCACAAUUUUGCAACAAGCUAGGAAAAAAAUUCCUUCUUGACCCCAGAAUGGCAGUCAGAUUUAUCCUUGGAUCAAGCAGUUAUUACCCUACAUUGAAAGAUUAUAUCCUUGAAUAUUCUGUUCUUGCAAGUAUGCAUCUAGUAGCCGUUUGAACAUCUGUAUGGACUCUGAUAAAACCACUUCCUCAGGCAGAGAAUUCCACAUCCUGAUUGUUCUUACAGUAAAAAAACCUUUCCUUUGCCUUAGGCGAAAUCUUCUUUCUUCCAGUCUAAACGCAUGGCCUCGUGUCCUAUGUAAAGUCCGGUUUGUGAAUAGAUUUCCACACAAUGGUUUGUAUUGGCCCCGAAUAUAUUUGUAUAAUGUUAUCAUAUCCCCUCUCAGGCGACGUUUUUCUAAACUAAAUAGGUUUAAAUUUGUUAACCUUUCUUCAUAGCCGAUAUGUUCCAUUCCUUUUAUUAAUUUUGUAGCCCGCCUCUGCACUUUUUCUAGUGCCAUAAUAUCCUUCUUUAGAACAGGUGCCCAAAAUUGCACAGCAUAUUCAAUAUGGGGUCUUACCAGUGAUUUAUAAAGAGGCAAAAUUAUAUUCUUGUCCCGAGAAUGAAUGCCCUUUUUCAUGCAUGACAAUACCUUACUGGCCUUGGCCACUGCUGAUUGACAUUGCCCAUUGUUGCAUAGUUUGUUGUCUAUAACAAUUCCCAAGUCCUUUUCAUGUGUUGUUAUCCCUAAUUCGCUUCCAUUAAGGGUAUACGUUGCUUGUGUAUUCUUUACGCCGAAGUGCAUAACUUUGCAUUUUUCAACAUUAAAUUUCAUCUGCCAUUUGAGUGCCCAGUCCCCAGUCUAUCUAAAUCCCUCUGCAGCAAAGUAAUAUCUUGCUCACAUUGUAUUAUUUUACAAAGUUUUGUGUCAUCUGCAAACACUGAAACAUGACUUUCAAUGCUGUCUUCAAGAUCAUUUAUAAACAUGUUAAAUAGAAGGGGUCCCAGAACAGACCCCUGAGGGACACCACUUGCCACCUCUGUCCAGCUUGAAAAUUUACCAUUAAUGACAACUCUUUGUACUCUGUUUUUAAGCCAAUGUUCUACCCAAGAACAAGCAUUUUCAUCUAGACCGAUUUCCUUGAGUUUGAACACUAAUCUAUUGUGUGGAACUGUAUCAAAUGCCUUGGCAAAAUCCAAAAAGAUCACAUCCACGGCAACACCCUGAUCUAUACUUCUACUUACUUCUUCGUAGAACGCAAUCAAGUUAGUUUGACAUGACCUGUGCUUCAUAAAACCAUGCUGAUUUUUGCUGAUAACCAUGUUCUUCUCAAGGAAUUCUUGAAUAUUAUCCCUUAAUAAACUUUCAAAUAUUUUACCAGCCACAGAAGUUAAGCUCACAGGUCUAUAAUUUCCAGGCAAGGAUUUUGAACCCUUUUUGAAUAUAGGAACCACAUCUGCCUUCCUCCAAUCCUCCGGAACACUUCCUGAAAGAAAAGAAUCUUGAAAGAUUAAAAACAGAGGUUCACUUAUUUCUGCACUUAGUUCCUUAAGUACACGUGGAUGGAUACCGUCAGGCCCUGGAGCUUUGUUUAUAUUAACUUUCUUUAGUUGCUGCAGCACCUUGUCUUGAGUUAACCAAUUACAAUUAUUCUGCAAGUUUUUAGUAGCAAUCAUUUGCACAUCUAUUGCCAUGGGUUCUUCCUUAAUAUAUACGGAGGAGAAAAAGUUAUUUAAAAUUCCUGCCUUUUCCUGGUCUUCAUUAACUAACACCCCCGUUUCAGUUUUUAGUGUACCUACACUUUCAUUUUGGGGUUUUUUAGAAUUUAUGUACUUAAAAAAUGCUUUGGGGUUGGUUUUGCUCUCUUCAGCUAUCAUUAUUUCAUUUUGAAGUUUAGCAAGUCUAAUUGCCUUUUUGCACGCAUUAUUUGCAUCCUUAUAUCUUUUAUAAGAUGCAUCUGAUUUGUCCGAUUUAAAUGCUUUAAAUGCCCUUCUCUUAGUUGUAAUCUCUUGUUUUACUUCUCUACUAAGCCAUGUUGGUUUUAAUUUGUUUCUUUUAUAUUUAUUUCCCAAUGGUACAUACUGAGAAAUGUACCUUUGUAAUAUUUGUUGGAAGAUGAUCCAUUUAUCCUCAGUGUUCUUUUCACUAAAGAGUUUAUGCCAGUCAAUAUAUUGUAAAGCUUCCCUUAACUUAUUGAAAUUGGCCUUUUUAAAAUUAUAUGUUUUAGUAUUCCCCAUGUGCUUUUGUUUUUUUGAGUUUAUUUCAAAGGACACUAUAUUGUGAUCACUAUUUCCCAAGUGCUCACCUACUUGAAUGUUGGUCAAAAGAUCAACGUUGUUUGUUAAAACCAGGUCCAGACAAGCAUCCAUUCUAGUUGGUGCUUGUACAAGUUGUGACAUGAAGGUGUCAUUUAACAAGUUUAAAAACCUAAUUCCCUUUGCUGAGGCACUAGUCCCUCUGUCCCAAUUUAUAUCCGGGUAAUUAAAAUCUCCAAUAAUUAAAGUGUUACCCAGAUUUGCAGCUUUCUCAAUUUGCUCAAACAGCUGUUGUUCCUCGUCAAUAUUAACAUUAGGUGGUUUAUAACAUAUCCCAACCAAUAGUUGGUUUCCCUUAUUUUCCCCCAAGCAGAUAUUUACCCAUAAAGCUUCACUCCCAACAGGAACAGGACAGGAACAAUUAGUUAAGACUGUAGGAAUAAAAGGUCUCUCCUAUCUCUACCCCACAGUCUAGUUUUAAAUGCUCAGAACAACAAGGGAGGGUUGCUGCUGCUGCCAUGAAUAAAAGCCAGAAAAAUAAAAUUACGGUAUAUAUGGUAUACAUUUCUGUUUUCCUGACUAUUCAGGGCAGCAUCACUUAUGGUUAAUACUUAAGCUAAUAUUCAUGGGAGGGAAAAAACAGAGACUCUGAACUUGCUGCAAAAAUAUUUGUGGGAGGCAACUGAGGAUAAUACUCCUGUCCCAAAGGUCGUAGAUGAGGAAGCCAGAUCCAGCUUAUAAUGUAUGAUACAAGUCAUCGGAGUAGACCUGGUAGCUGCCCUUUAUAUGUCAUUAGAUUAAAUCUCUGCCCAAUUAGCCCAUGAGGUAGCCCAUGAGUCUUUAUCCUCUCUGGAGGAGUUAGGUCUUUCAAAUAAUAAGCCUUCUUUAUAGUGUUAGAGAUCCAAUGUCUCAAAGUAGUGGUUGAAGCAGUAUCACCUUUUCGGCAACCAGUCGGAAGAACGACUUACAAAAUUGCUUAGUGACCGCCAGAUAUUUUAUCAGACAAUCCUUAACAUCCAGCUGAUGAAGUUUUUCUUCUUCUGCAGAAGAAGGAUUUGAAUAAAAGGAAGGGAUGACUACUUCCUGUAGUAUGUGGAAUUGUGAAACCCCCUUAGGAAGGAAUUCAAUUCUAGGUCUUAAUAUUAUUCUAUCAUGAAAAAUCUGAAUAUGAUUAUCGUCACUGGAAAAGUCUUGGAUCUCCAGCAUUCGUUUAGUCGUUGUAAUAGCCACUAAGAUCAAGGUCUUAUAUGUCAGAAGAGUAAUACCCAGCUCAUCCAAAGGAGCAAAGGUUGUGUCUGACAGGACAUCUAGAACCAUAGGCAGAUCCCACAGGGGGAAUCAUUUUUGCAUGGAGGUCUUAUGUAUAUAAAUGCCUUGAAGAACCUUGUGAUCAGUGGAUUUGAUGCCCACGAGAUGUUGCACAAUGCCGAUAAUGCUGAUGACUGGACUUUUAAGGUGUUCAGGCGUAAACCUUUCUCCAGACCUGCAUGAAUGGAAUUUUGUUCUGCCCAUGAAUGAAAUUUCUUCCAAAUUCUGUGAUAACAAGCCAAAGUAGAAUUGCCCUAAUUCUGGAUUAGUAAGUCCGAAGGAUUUAAACUCAUCCUGUUCAGGAUUGGAAAGCAAGGUCUCCUUGGCCAAAUUGGUAUUAUUGCAAUCACCUUCCUUCCUUCUUUCCAAAUAUUUCUCAAUAAUCGAUGAAUCAUAGGUAAGGGAGGGAAUGCAUACCCCAGAUUGAAUUACCAGGGAAGAAAAAAGGCAUCCUGUCUUGCUGAAUGAUUGUCUGCUUGUGGAAAGAAGUACUUUGGGACUUGCAUAUUCCUGUUUGAAGCCAUUAAGUCGAUCUGGGCUGUGCCCCACCGAAUAGAUAUCAUCUGAAACACUUCCGGAUUCAGUUUUCAUUCUCCGGGGAGAAUCGCAGUUCUGCUCAAGUAGUCUGCCAACACAUUUUUUGGACCUGGCACAUUUUUUGGACCGCUUUUAAGCCUUGUAACUUGUUUUGGCCAAAUUUAAUCAGGGGAACAAGUUCUAUUAAAAGAGCUUUGCUUCGGGUUCCACCGUGGCGAUUUAUAUAAGCUGUCACAGCUCUGUUGUCUGUAAGGAUUCUUAUCCAUGAGUUCUUCAGGUAGUGAUUGUCACAGUUCCCCGCAAUUCUGUCAGCGUGGCCGCACAGAAACAUAGCGGCUACGCUGACAGAAAAAUUAAAAUACUUACAAUACUUACCUUGGUCGCGGCAAGCGGCUGCCUCCUUGAUGGGUGGGGGUAGCUUGGUAUUUGUUACGUUGCAGGACCCUAUUGUAACAUAUGAGCUGCAUUAAGUAUGCCACAAAAUAUAUUAUCAUCCCCCUGGUCUAACAAAAAAGCAGGUAUUUUCUAUGAAAUUACUAAAUUUGAAGCAUGUAUUAAUUAAAAAAUGCAUAUUAUUGGGGUUUAAAGGUGAAAAUAAGAAAGAAAAAAAAAUAUGUUUAAUAUAACAUUCAGCUGCAGGAGAGAACUGGUCUUAUACAAGGCCUUUGCCAAAUUGAUAAUGUCAGACACCAUGACGCCAGGUGGCCAAAUUGUGAUAAAAUUAAAGAACCAUUCAAUAGAAGUUGCACAUAACUAAUUCUCAAAUAAUACCCAUCAAUAUCACCCUACUCUGUAUUUUGGUGUUCACCAAACCUCAAUAGCCUUUUUCCCUUUCUUUAAGGUUUACCAUCAACAAUGAGUCCAGAGAUGCUGGAGAUAGCUGUCAAAAAAAUAUCAGAAUGGACCUCUUUGUUCAUAUUUCACUUAUCCCUGCGGUAAGCUGCAUGGCCACUUACAGUAUUCCUAGAGUAACAGAGCACGGAACAUUGAAUUGGUUCAGAUUGUUGAAUGCAUUUUUAUGAAAGAGUGGAUGUUGGUCAAUCCAUAUGGCUGCCAAUCUACUUAUCACCUACCCACGGUGGCGUCUCUAGGAUUCAUUUUUAGGGGGGGGCACAUGGUGGGCCAGGGACAAAAGUAGGGGGGCACAUUGUACCCUGCCCUUGCCGCAGUUUGACCCCGCCCCUGCUGCAUGUUAAGCCCCACCCACGACACAAUGUGUUGUUGUUUUUUAAAUCCCUGGUGGAGGAUUCAUUAUUUUCCACCAGGGAUCACUAAAAAACAAACACAUUUCCCUUGAUACAGUGCCAUAGUUGGCACUGUAUCCAUAUACACAGUCAGUAUACACACACACACACAGACUGCUGAGUCCAUACACACACAUAGACUGCUGAGUCCAUACACACACACACUGCUGAGUCCACACACACACACACACACACACACACACACAGACACACAGACUGCUGACUCCAUACACACACAAAAGCUUCCUCACUAGCAGACACACACACACACAGACUGCUGAGUCCAUACACACACACAGACUGCUGAGUCCAUACACACACAUAGACUGCUGAGUCCAUCCACACAUACAGACUGCUGAGUCCAUCCACACAAAAAAGCUUCCUCAUUAGCACACACACACACAGACUGCUGAGUCCAUACACACACACACACACAGACACACAGACUGCUGAGUCCAUACACACACAAAAGCUUCCUCACUAGCAGACACACACACAGACUGCUGAGUCCAUACACACAUACAGACUGCUGAGUCCAUACACACACACACUGCUGAGUCCACCCACACACACACUACUGAGUCCAUCCACACACACACACACACACGCACACACUGCUGAGUCAAUACAUACACAGACUGCUGAUUCCAUACACACACACAGACUGCUGAGUCCAUACAGACACAGACUGCUGAGUCCAUACACACACACAGACUGCUGAGUCCAUACAGACUGCAUAUUAAGCUUACCUGUCACUGGAGGCUGUUGCUGGUGGUCAGACAGCCAUCUUCUGGCCUUUACAACAGCAGCUUCAAGGUCUGCUGCUUAACGGCGGGGACGGGGCUUAUGUGCGGGAGGCGGAGCUUCGUUUGGGGGCGGUCCUGUGCCGUGGAAGCUGUCACUGCUCCCUCCAGCCACAGACAGCACCCAGCGCUCCAGCCCCUCUGGCCAGACUGUCCUGCAUUCCCUCGGGCUGUAACAGACUGUUACAGUCCGAGGGAAUAUAAUUUAAACACAUGGCCAGCAAGUUGCUGGCAUUUGGGGGGGGCACAGCACCCCUAGUGAUGCCACUGCCUACCCAGUAUCUUAUUGCAAUCACCACACCAGCUUUAAUUUUGGCGACUAACAAUUUUAGUCAAAUUUUAGUCGACUAAAACUAGACUAAAACUAAAAUAAUUCAAAUUACUAAUAUUCGACUAAAACUAAAAUUGCUUUUUAGUCAAAAGGCUAUGACUAAAACUAAAUUGAAAUUUGCUGCAAAAAUUAACACUGCACGGAGGGGCUGUGGAAGGGGCAAAAGAGAAACACCAGGGCUUGGGAGAGAGAUACCUAGAGGGGUUGGGCAGAUACAAAGAGACACAGAGGGCUGGGGAAGGGGCAAAAGAGACAGACAGAAUCUACUGGAGAUUUAGUCGACUAAAACUAGGUUAAAUCUAAAACAAUUCAGAUGACUAAAAUACGACUAAAACUAAAAUAGACUGUGUAGACUAUAGACUGUAAGGUCGUUUGAGUAGGGCCCUCUUCAACCUAUUGUUCCUGUAGGUUUUUGUAAUUGUCUCAUUUGUUGUUAAAUCUCCCCCUCUGAUAGUAUCGUAAUAAUAAAAUGGCUUUUUAGUCAAGAGACUAUGACUAAAACUAAACUGAAAUUUGUCACCAAAAUUAACACUGCACCACACCUAGCCUCAGUCUUUAUAUCAUAGAUUGCAACAUGUCACCUUUGUUUCCCCUUGUUUCUUGUUUUUAUAAGAAUACUGUUAUCUUUUGUAAUUGCAUAAAGUAAUGUCUCUUCCCCAGGUUCUCAUUACGCUCUUGUUAUCCUUUUUGCAAAAGCGUGCAAUGCACCAGAAAUCGAUUGAUAAAGUUCCACUGGGCAAGAGAUUUGGCAUAGUUGUGUAAGUAACCAUUCUGCUUCUAUCUAAGCAAACACGUCUUGAUGAUGUCAUAGUUGUCUUUAUCGAUACUGAUUUCCUUUACAAAUUGAAUUCCGUGCAACAUUAGAUUAUUGCUCCAUGGAUGAACACAGAACAAUCUAGCAGUAGGAGUGAACAAGGAAUUCCAUUAGGGCAUGCAUCACAAGUAUAGUUUAAUUAAAAAAAAAUAAUAAUCACCUAAAUAUUACUUCAAAAAAACACAAAGCAUAAAACACGACAGAUUACUCUAUUGAUAACCAGGUUUAUACAGAUACUUCCAUUUCAAUAUUUUGCCUUCAGACAGAUAAUGAGCUAAUAUAGACAAAUGCUUAUAAUUCUGCCUACUAAAUUUUCCUAUAGGAUAAUAAUGCAAUUUCACCGUUCACUAAAGAUGAGAUUUUUGUAAAUGGAAAAUUGAGUUAGACCAAUAUAAAGAGUUUGGAAAAAUAAUCCUUUCUGUUUUGCUCAGACUAAAUUCUUCAAACACACACUUGAAAAUUUCCUGUUGAUUGCAUUCACAGCUGAUAUUGUCACACUCUGCUCUAUCCAAUUACCACCUCUGUUUUUGCUACCCUAUCAAGCUCUCCAUACCAGAUCCCAUGAAUUCUAAGUUUCAUGCAUAAUAUGUGUUUCAUUAACAAAACCAUUUUAACCCGGCAGCCUACCCCAUUAACGGGCACUUACCUGGGUUUUUAAUUUGUUUACUUAUCCCUAAAUGUAAUGAUUUGUGAGGAAUGAAAAAUAAAAUUAAAGGACCACUGUAGGUCUGUAGGUCUCCCCCACCCUUAGGGUCCCCCUCCCGCCGGGCUCUAGGGUGAGGAAGGGUUUUCUCCACUGCCAGGCUCCCUCGGUGGUGGUGUCUCUCCGCCUUCUUUCCCCGUCAUCGGCUGAAUGCGCAUGCACAGUAAGAGCCGCGCGCAUUUAGCCAGUCUCAUAGGAAAGCAAUCUCAAUGCUUUCCUAUGGACUCUGGCGUCUUCUCACUGUGAAAAUCACAGUGAGAAGCGCGGAAGCGCCUCUAGCGGCUGUCAAUGAGACAGCCACUAGAGGCUGGAUUAACCCAUAGGUAAACAUAGCAGUUUCUCUGAAACUGCUAUGUUUACAGCAGAAAGGGUUAACCCUAGCUGGACCUGGCACCCAGACCACUUCAUUAAGCUGAAGUGGUCUGGGUGCCUGUAGUGGUCCUUUAAGAGAGGUGACUAGUGGGCAUCCAGGUAAUAAGUCAAAACAUUCUAAAAAUAGUUUCACUAUACUUACAUUGGGUUUGGGGGGAUAGAGGGUGUGCAGGGCACUCUUUGCACCAUAACCACUUCAACAAUCACAUCAUUGAGAUGAACCUUUCGAUUUACAUCCUGACAACCCUUUUGUUGACAUGUUGCACAUGUGUUUUGUUAUAUGAUAUUCAGAAUCAACUAAUAUUCUGCUGUAUGGCCUCACUGUGUUGACAUUUUCUGUAUUUCCCCUUUCUUCAAUAAAUAAAUAAAUAAAAAUCUGUUUUUACAUCUCCCGCAUUUUUGCUACUGUUGCUUUAUUUACUCAGGCCAGUGAACUUUAUUAGCAGCCACUCAAACAGAUGGUCCUAUGGAGCUGCUUGUGGAGCAACUGCGACUACAGUGUUUCUCUUGUUUUUCAAUAAGUAUUCAGGCUACUUCCACUUUAAGACUCCUACUUGGGCUCAAGGUCAGUCACUUCUUUUUCCCAUUGUAACAGUUGGCACAUUCUAAGGAUUGUCAUCUAUUUAAAAUGGCUCUGUGAUUGGCUAACACUAUUUUUUUUUUCGGUUUCCCCCCAGUUCUUUGUUUCCUAACCGUCCCUCCCACCCCAACUUUUUUAGUUCUUCGUCCAUUUUUACUUUAUUUAAUUCUUCGAUAGCAGUGUCAGAUCUCUUUCCAAUCCACUGCCAUGUUCUGGAACCUUACAGUGAUGUAUAGUCACUGCCUUCAUUUACCCUUUCUCUGCAUUGCUUCUCUCAUGCCCAGCACCCAGAAAAUAAAAUGACUAAGAUGAUUGUAUAGUUCACGUGUAAUGCUCGGGGAGGGACAAAGCAAUAUGUGUGUGCUUAUACAGGCAAGGGAUGCGACAAGCAGGUAAGUAUGGGAAAAUGGGACUUGACAAGGGAAGCGGAACUUGCCUUAAACCCCUUAAGGACACAACUUCUGGAAUAAAAGGGAAUCGUGACGGAAUAUUUCCAUCAUGUGUCCUUAAAGGACCACUCUAGGCACCCAGACCACUUCAGCUUAAUGAAGUGGUCUGGGUGCCAGGUCCCUCUAGGAUUAACCCUUUUUUUUUAAAUAAACAUAGCAGUUUCAGAGAAACUGCUAUGUUUAUAUUAGGGUUAAUCCAGCCUCUAGUGGCUGUCUCUUGACAGCCGCUAGAGGCGCUUGCAUGCUUCUCACUGUGAAAAUCACAGUGAGAAGACGCCAGCGUCCAUAGGAAAGCAUUGUAAAUGCUUUCCUAUGAGACGGGCUGAAUGCGCGCGCAGCCAGCCGAAGAGGAGGAUCGGAGGCGGAGAGGAGGAGGAGAGCUCCCCGCCCUGCGCUGUAGAAAGGUAAGUUUAACCCCUUUCCUCUCCCUACACAAUACUCUCCCUAAAACAAAUACUUUUAAAAGGCCAAACUUGCUUGUAAUAUAUUGUUAAAAGGGAUCUUAUAGGCAUCAAAUCAAAUUCAGCUUAAUGGAGCAGUUUUGGUAUAUAGAUCAUAUAGAUCAUGCCUUUACAGUCUCACUGCGAAAUUCUCUGCCAUUUGGGACUUAUAUCACUUUUCAGAUGCUUACUUUAGAAGUUUUAUCUCCUUCUCUGUUUAUUGAACUUUAACCAUAUACAAAAGAUUCCUGCAUGGACCAAAAGGCUAUUAUUAGAGCAGGAGAUGCACAAUUCUAAAAUAAACAAAAUGUGCAAUAAAGGAAGUGUAAACAUUAGAUCUCUCUUUACAGGAAGUGUUUAGGAAGGCUGUGUAAGUCACAUGCAGGGAGGUGGGAUAAGAGCUGCAUAAACAAAGUGAUUUAUCUCCUAAAUGGAAGGGAACUGAGCAGUGACACUACAGGGCAUGAUCCAUACAACAAAACUACUUGUCACGAUAGUGUCCCCUUCUCACAGAGUAUAACCCAGAGGAGAACAUAUACCGGACCUUAGAAUGGCCGGACUAACGUUUAGAGUAGUCAAAGAGAUAUCCAGAGAUCAAGGGAGUAUAGAAGACAGAUAAACGAUAUAACCUAGCCAAAAUACGGGGAACCAGAGAGCAGAAUAGUCAAAAUGGAAAGCCAAAAGUAAAUUACCAGGAAACAAACACUCAAGAAGUUAAUAAGCACUAGAGGAACCAACAGGAACCACACAAGGGCGCCUUACAACUGACAGGGACACCCUUUUAUAGUGUGGGGUUUAUUGCUUUAAAACCACGCCCCCAAAAGGUCCGGGGGUGGGGCCGCGUGUGAAUUACGUCAGCAUUUACUUGCUGACCAUGGCGCACAUGCGCCGUAUUAUAAAUGAGUGAGCGUUGUGAGCGGCCGGUGUCAGAAGGGCUGUGACGCUCACCGGAAAAGGACGCCGUGCUGCGCGGGUCCGAGGAGGAAAGGUAAGUUAUCGUUACACUACUUCAUAGAGGUAAAGUCAUUCUGGUGCCUAUAGUGUCCCUUUAAUGUCUGCACACAUUGGCACUAUUUCCUGUAUUUUGCCUUUGUAAAAAAAAAAUAUAUAUAUAUAAAAAAUCUUAUAUCCAAAUUAUCCACUGAUCCUAUACGACCAACCAUUUAUCCUUUAAUUGUCUUUUAUAGUACUUACCUAAAUUACCACCUGUUUUGAGUCUUAGUCUACCAUAUAAUUUAUCAGAUUUUUUAAAAAGAGGUCAUACAUUUUUUAGCUGUUAAAUCAAAGACUAACAUGAAAAUUGCAAGCAUUUUAUGAGUUAUCACUUUAGCAAAAUGGUGGACAUAAAAAUAUUGAAAACAAUGAUAAUAUUAAAAACUUCUAAUUGUUGUUUAAUUGUCGUUUUGCAUGAUUGCUCCCUAAGCUGUUCAUUAUUACAUUUUCUGACUUUUUUGUUGGGGGUUGUCUAUUAGCUCUCGUUUAUCUUCUCUCUGCGCUGGAGGUUGGCAUGGACUAUUAUCCUUUCUUUGCAUGUCUAUCAUCAAACCAUAAACUGAUUGCUUCGUCUCUGGGAUUUUGCUAUGCACUGAGCUGGUAAGUGAGAAGCCUAUAGAAAAAUGGCACUCCCCUUAAAUAAACAGACGUGUGCAAUAGGUGCAGUAAAUGUGAUACCAUAAUUCGUAUCAACAUUCAACAAGAAUAAAUACAUUGAUCAACCCUAUUCUUUGGAUAAUGUAUUGGAUAAUAUAUCCAACGUGAUGUCAUUCUUUAGAAACAGUCUUCUAGGGCCAAUGUAAACAGAGAACAGGUUGAGUUAAUUCUAACCAUCAGGCAGCAGUGACAGCAACUGUUAUACAAAACCGUCCUCAAAACAGAAGUAGUCCUUUCUCUUUAGAGCACUUAUACAGUUGAAAUAUCUCUUUGUAGCAGAUGUCCCUCUCACUCGUCCAGUAUAUAGUCCCGAUCAGCAAUCCAGUUCAGCCUAUGGAUUCUAGAAUACAGUCUCUCCAGCUGUUUAAUCUUCCAGCUGGAACAAAUCUGUUUAGAACCCAAAAAUAAAAGAAAAAUGUUUAUCACUCAUCAACAGGUGAAAAAGAACUCCAGAUUCAUUAAGAUCCCUACAGCAAGCUGAACAAUGAAUAAUUUCGGUCUAGCAAUAGGCCUUCCUCAAACUGAGAAACACCUAUUGUUAGGUCAUGGUUAAACAUUGUACAGAUUGCUUUGGGGAACUCAAUAAACCUGGAGUGCUUCAUCACCUGUUGAUGUGUUUUGUCUUUUUAGAUUCUAGUUAUAUUGGUAGUGGAGCCAGAGCCCGUUUACAAACCUUUAAGGAUUGAGUACAUAUGUAUGAGUGGGUUCUGAUGACACUUGUUUGUAUGACUACAGGCGUUCUUUUUAAAACUGUAACUAAAUUAUUUACAACUCAAAGCCAGGUCUGGAUUCUAAACCGUUCACAUGGCUUUUGGAGUACCUUCCUGUUCUCUAGAUACUCUGCCUUACAUACUCUAGAACAGAUUAUAUGGAUACCAGUCUAGUUCCGUAGGUACUGCAUUGAGUCAGUGUGUUCAUAGUAUCAAACUGAUUCUAGCAUUAUACUUUUUGUCUGCAGGUUCUGUGUACAGGUUGCAGAUGUGUUUGAAUGCCGUCAGAUAUCUGAUGUGAGUAUAUAUUUAUUGGGAUUGGGUGAUAAUUGUAACAAGUAAAGCACGAGGCAGACAGUGACUUUGUUCCGUCAUGUACCACCAUUUCUUUAGAGUCAUUACGAAAUAUCAUAUAAUGAUGAUAUCUCAGCUCCUAUUACAUUGAGAACAGAAGAUUAUCAUGAUGCCACAUUGCUUUUAGAAGAUGGUAGAGUCAAUGAACUUCAAGCCACAUGGUUUUAGCUGCCUUGUAACACACUCUGCUUGGUUAACCCCACAAAAACAGUGUCUAUAUUUCAUUGCAUCAAACUCACUGAACUGUUUAAUAUUGUUUUUCUGGGUCUUUGUGAAUUCUUAGAUGUCUCAUGAAUCAUUUCAGAAAUCACUCAUAUUAAUCAUCACUCCUAUCCCAUCGCUGGUCUCCUGUCUCUUUCUGAUGGGAAAAUUUUUGCACACGCUGGUGAAUGCGAUUCGCCUUCUUUAUAGAUCUGAAAAAGAGCAGGUGAGUGUCUGGAGGCAUUUAAAUGAGCAUAAGAUGCAUGGGGUUGCCAUACAGAAGAGGCCUGCAAUGAUUAGAACUGUGGAAGAGUCUAGAUGAGACUGACUGGAGUUGUGUUCCAUAUAAUCUGCUUAACUAGUGGUUGCCUCACUAUCUCAUAACAUCAAAUGCAUGCUUUAACUCCACCAGCCUCAGACAGUCUAUUCGAUAAAAUCUACAUUUCCUAAAGAGAGGCUUGUGGGUAUUUUCCCUUUAUGAAGGGUAGAGCUCCAAAGCCAGAACCAAUUUGGUUUUUCUUAAUCAGGGAGUUCAAUUGCCAGAGAGCCUGACAGCUAUAGGUUUGACACUGUGUGUGUAACUCACCCAGGUGUGGGCAGCCUGUCCAAUGUAUCUGGGGUUAGAAUGAUGUAUCUGCUGCCAUUAGAUGCAAAAGUUGCCUAAAACUGAUAUUCUUAGCCAGGAAGAGUGUAGUCCAGCUGUCUGAUUGACAGCACAGGGAUACAGCCCCACAUACAGGAAAAAAAUCAUAUUUAUAUCUGGAAUGAAAAAUAUUUAUAAAGAAAGUCUGCAGAGACUACGUCAUCGAACCUUUGCCACUUCAUUAAGAUAAAGUGGUUAUAGUGAUUAUUGUCACCCUUUAAAGGUGACGCUGUUCUAUGCAGAAAUGUUAUUGCAAUCAAUCAAUCAGUGCAUUACCUUCUUUCCAUUCAAUGGAACACAAAUCAUAAUUGAAUAAUUAAAAAAAAAACAUUUUUUCAAAUACGAGAUAUAGAGAAGGCUGUGCUACCGCUGAACAUUUUGAGUCCCAGGAAACAUACAGCCUGGUAAUCACUGGUUUAAAUCACUUGAAUCCAGAUACAUGACAGCCCUCCUCUUUUUAGGAAGUUUUCUAGCAAAAUCCCUUGGGAGUUAGACAAGAAUCCAUUGGGCUAAGGAACUGUGUUUGUUUAUGUGAUCACACAGGCAGAUAACUCAAAGCUGAAUUAUUUUAAAUAGUUUUUUCAUAUUUAGAGUUUCACAAGCAUUUUGCAUCGUUAUUCAUUUAUUAUGUUAUAAUAACUGCCAAUUAAUAUCAAACAGGACAAUGAGGAGCCUUUGUUACCAAACCAUCUAUCAAGCUACGUUAGACAUCUCCUAAAACCUGCGCCAGAAAAGUGAGUUUAUCCUUUCUUUUACAGCAUCAUUUAUCAGCUAAAUUAAAUGUUAUACUUGUCAAAAUGAAAUAUCACAACAAAACCUGUAAUGUUGUAACUAAUUAGGUUUCAUUUAACCUUGAGUGCUUAAACUAGAGAAUUGUGUAAUACUUUUUAUUGGGCAAUGAGUAUUUUAGAAUGGUGAGCUUUUUGCUCAUUCGAUAAAAAAAAUAUCACAACAUGUAGUAAUGCUCUGUUAUCUUGCAAGACAGACAGCUGUAUAGAUUGAAUGGUAUGCACCAUCCAGACAGAUUAAAGUAUAUUCCUUGGUCAAAACCAUCUGUGUAAUGCAGAAGGUAUCUGAUAAUGGAACCCAUAGAAAUGUGGCUUAGACUGCAAAGUGACACAGUGGGUGUUAAUAUGACGAUUAAUACAUGGUAUUCUGAGAGAGUGUUAGAAAUAUCAUAGUCGCCAAUAUCUGUUUGUUUGUUUUCUAAAUCUGUUUUUCAGUUUGCAAUGUUUUGGGACUUUUUCUUUUUUGUCUUUUUUUAUCCUUCUUUUUUUGUUAAAAUAUUUAGGGGUUGGUUUGUGUGUACGAUUUAUUCAAAAUAUAAUUAUGCAUAAAUGUACUAUACUCUUCCUUAUGUUCACAUCAAAGCAUAAUUAAAAUAAUUAUAUGAAUAAAAACUAAAGAGCUGAAUACAAUUAAAAUGUAGAUAUAUUGCCACACAAACAUUUUCUAAAAAGCAGACUGUGAAUAUAUAGGCCUUUUAUGGCAGAAAAUUGUCCUGCUUAUUAUUUAGUGAAUUGGUGUUGUCUAAUACACGGUAAUACACAGUAAUCACCAUCUGUUGUAUGUUUCAACUCCUAUUAUCACACAGACAACCUACUCCAAGCUCCUGGAUUGGACAGAAGAUGUAUGUUUGGGAUCCAUACUUUAAAUUCCCUACAAGAAUGAUAGUCACAGCCGUGCUAUGCGUGAUCUGCUUGUACAAUGUAAGUCACAUCAUGUGAAUAUGUAACAACUGUCAAACAGUAGAAAAUGUGAUUUUGUUCAUCAAAUCUUUGUCACUAGGUCAUAUUUUUUAAUAACUGUAGAAUCAAGAGCCCACUGUUCAAGGAAAUGUGCAAGGGUCUUCAAGAGCUUACAGACAGGCAUGUACAAUAUUCUAAACAAUGAACAUUCGCCUUAAAACAGCAACGCCGAUCUGUCAUUUAUUUUUAUUUUUGUUUUUCUUUUCUUAAGCCCCCUUUACCUUAAUGAUAAAACUGACUCCCUUGAAACGUGCCUUAAUUUAUAAUUUUUUUAUCUUUUGUACAUGGGCGCAGCCAUUUUGUCUCUGGCCACAAUACCUGCUGUUUUCCUUUUUGUGGGAUUCAUGUUUAUGGUUGUUUUAAGCUCUGUCUAUUGCAAGGUUUUGUCAACUUGACUGCUACUUUUCUUUAUGGAUUUUAUGAAAACUAGUGCACUCUGGGAAAAAAAUAAAUAAAGAGUGAUUCAGACAUAGGAAGCUAUAUAGAAACAGAAUAAAUUAAGUUUAGUUUUGGUGACAAGGUCGCUGUAAAAAAGGGUCAUCCAUAAAAUGUUUUUGCCAUUAAUUGUUGUUUUCCCUAAUUAAAUAUAUUUGAUGUCACUAUAGAACCUACUUGGGUGGUUUGCCCUAGUGUAUAUCCCUGAUUUUGAAUACAAAUACUCCAAUAAAAAAAAAAAAAAAGGAAAAUGCCGCAUCACACCAAAUGGUUUUGUUGUUAGUUAUCCAAAUACUUUCUUCCUGGACUGUUUGAAGUAAUGGUCUCAAUCGGUGCAGAUAUCACUACUGAAAUCGUGGGCUUUUUCAUCUUAUCUGAGCUGAGUGUAAGAUAUAGCCAUGGAUCCUGCGUCCUUAUUCUUUAUACACAAUGAGAUUCUUGAGUGCCAUCAUCUUCAACUCUACUGUAUCAAGAGUUUCCUUCCAAAGUUGUUAUACUGUAACUUCUGUUGAAAGAAAAAGAAAAAAAUACAAACGCAAGAAAUACAAAUGUGCCUAACCAACACAGUGGUAGGAAUAUGCACGGGUACUUAACUUGGUAUGAGAUGAAUGCAGCUUCCCAAGAGGUUUCCCCCAAACGAACCUCAAAUGCAGAUAUGUAAAUGGACAAAAUAGGGAUACAGCUGAAUGAAAAAUAGUGAUGGAUAAUGCGCCUUUAAGCCCUCAAGGGCUGCAGUGGUAUUCACCCUCCACGAAUAGGUUGCUCUGUCUUCAAAGAAGUGGGAGUAUGCCAGUGAAGUAUAAAAUUUUUUUAUUAUUAUUAUUAAAAGGCACUAAUAAGCCUAUAUCAAAAAAUCAAUAGUUAAAAGUAUACAAAUAAUACUGCAUCUAACGCGUUUCGUCCAUACAAAUUGGACUUCAUCAGAGAGAAUUUUUUGCAGUAUACACAAUAUGUGAAAUACAAAGCAUGCAUAAUCCCACCCCCAACAGAGUCCCUUAAAUAUAACCAGUCCUAUUGUUGAUUGGAGAGUUCCUUUGUAGGCAGUCCCUCUUCAAUAAAAUCAAUAUUUUCCAGGUGAUCGCCACCUUAAAAUUCGCGGCUAAGACCAGCUGGUAAUCCGUCCGGUAAUGUUCUGCGUUCCAAAUCACAACUUCCGGUUGCGUUCCACACAUGGAUUUCCGGCGGCGAAAUAACCACGCAUGUCACAACCACUGACGUUGCAUUCCAAGAUCGGGCCCAUGCGUUCCAAACGACCGGCCCUUUGAAUUGCUAAGAAGACUAAAAGGAGCAGUCUUAGAAUAAUUUGAACAUCAAAAUAACCAUUCUCAUAAUACAAAUUCGACCACAUCAAAUUUGAAAAAGGACUUCAAUCCUCUGCCACAAAGUAACUAAAUAUUAAUAGAAAUCUAUUAAUAAUGAAAAAAGUGAAUAAUGUGUACAAAACAAUAAAGAAUAAAAUAAAAUAAAAUAAAAUAAAUAAAUGAAUAAAUGAAAAAAAAUGUAUAUAUAAUAAAGUAAAAUAAAAAUAAAAAUAAAAGUGAAAAUAAAAAUAAAAAUAAAAUAAAAAUAAAAAUAAAUAAAAAAAUGAAAAUAAAAAUAAAAAUAAAAAUAGAAAAAUAAAUGAAAAUUAAUAAAAAUUAGAAAAAUAUAUAUUAAAUAUAUGUAAUUAAAUAUAAAACAGGCAGAAGAUGGAAAUCCCCAAUUGUGUAAGUUAUAAAAACUUUAAACCAUAAAGCUAGCCAAGUCCACAUCGAUGUUUAAACCUUUAGGUGACAGAGUGUCCAAAUGGUAGAUCCAAUAGGUCUCCCGUUGUGCUAAUUUCAAUUCCCUAUUACCUCCUCUCCAGUGAGGGGACACAUGUUCUAUACCACAGCCCUUGAAAUCUCUCCAAUUGAAGGCCUGGCACGUAUUACAGUGAACUGGCACUGAAUGAGUAGUCAUACCUUUCUUUAUAUUGUUUAUAUGUUCCAUAAGACGUACUUUCAAGGGUCUCUUAGUCUUUCCCACGUACUGCUUGCCACACGGACACUGCAGUAAAUAAACCACAAAGUCCGUGUGGCAACCAAUACUAGAUUUCACUGGAAAAGAAAUCCCGGUGGUGUAACUUGUAAAUUGUAAAGUUAAACCUAAGUUCAUCCUUGAACAAGCCCGACACAUCUGACAUCCUUUGGAUCCCUUCAUAUGGGUGAUAACUUUUUUUCCGGGUAUAUCCUUUCUGGGGUAACUUGGAGCAAUUAAAUCUUUUAGAUUUUGACCCUUCCUAUAAAUAAUAGAUGGACAGUCAGGUAGAAUAUUACAAAGGACUGAAUCCUGUAAUAAUAUAGGCCAAUAUUUCUUAAGGCACUUAUUGAUUUUCCAAUGGUCAGUAUUGUAUUUUGUUAUAAAUGAAUAUCUAAAAUGAUCAUUUGAAUCAUUCUUUGGAUGGUUAGUCAAUAAUUCCCUUCUAUCUUUUUUCUUGAGUGUUCUAAUUUCCUUUUCAAUCAUAUUGCUAUCAUAACCUUUAUUUACCAAUUUGUUUUUUAUAUAUUUUGCCUGAAUUUCAAAAUCUCGAACAUUGGAGCAGUUCCUACGUACCCUUGUUAACUGGCUUUUAGCAAUACCUCUCAGCCAAGGUUGAUGGUGACAACUUGACUUAUGAACAUAACUAUUUCCGUCUGUUGUUUUAAAAAAGCAUCUAGAUCUAAUUUUAUUCUGCUCACAAUACAAAUUCAGAUCUAAAAAAUUUAUGGUAUCUUUAUGCCACUCAGGUGUAAAUUUUAAAUUAAAGGGAUUUAAAUUAAGGUAUUGUACAAAUGAUAAAAAAUCUUCUUGAGUGCCUUUCCAGAUAACAAUCACGUCAUCAAUAAAUCUCCGCCAUAGGACCAGGCUCGCCCGCCAAUCAUGCCCGCACCACACAAAAAGAUCUUCCCAUCUUCGCAUGUAGAUGUUGGCAUAACUGGGGGCGAACCUGGUUCCCAUGGCGGUCCCUGUUAGUUGUAAAUAAAAUUUACCCUCAUGAAAAAAAUAAUUAUGUUCAAGUAUAAAUUUUAUGGCCAUUAAAAUAAAAUUUUGCAAAGCAUCAUCUACCUCUGAAUCAUUUUUAAUAAAAAAUUGGACUGCUUCGAUACCCAAUUGGUGAUGGAUCACAGUGUACAAUGAUGUUACAUCCAAUGUUGCCCAACUGUAAUCAUCUUUCCAAUCGAUAUCCUCAAAUUCAUGUAGAAUUGCUGUGGUAUCUUUAAUAUAUGAAGGGGCACUCUGGGCAUAUUUCUGAAGUCUUGAAUCAAUAAAGGCUGAGAGAUUUGCUGUAAUGGAGUUAAUGCCACUAAUGAUCGGGCGUCCAGGUGGAAAAAAUUAAUUCUUAUGGAGUUUUGGUAAAAAAUAAAAAAUAGGAAUGACAGGAAAAGUAUUAUACAAAAAUGGAAAAAAAUUUUUAGAUAUUAUUUUAUUCUCCAGGGCUCCCAACAAUAAACUUUUGAAUAGGGAAUUAAACAUUUGUGUUGGAUCUCUUGGAAGUUCCACAUAUGUCUCUAUUUGACCUAGGAUGUUGAGGGAUUCUUGAUGGUAAUAUUCUGUAGAUAAAAUGACAAUCCCCCCCCCUUUGUCGGCCUCCCUUAUAACUAUAUCUUCCCUUUCCAUUAAAUUUUUUAGACACAUGGAUUCCUCCUUUGUCAUAUUAUAAUUCUUUUGUUGAUUGCUCCUAAUCUUUCUGAAAUCUUGACAAACCAUAUUUUCAAAAGUUUCAAGAUGAGAACCUUUACUUUGGACAGGAUAAAAUUUAGACUUUGGCUUAAAAUUCGUAAAGCCAUUGUCUACACCCAAAUGAACCCUGGAAUCGAUAGGAGGAUUAGAUGAACACACAUUAUAAUUGGUUCCAAAAUUCGUAGGGGUAUUGAUCACUGACGAUGGACAAGAAUUCUUUGCGAAAUGGCGUUUAACUGUUAAUGUUCUUAUAAAUUUUUUUAAAUCUAUAAAUAAAGUGAACUCAUCCGCUGUUCGUGCAGGGGCAAAUUUAAGACCACGUUUUAGUACAUUUAUUUCUAAUUCAGUUAAUGGUGUCUGUGAUAAAUUAAAUAUACCUACAUUACGUUCUUUUAAUGGGAAGAUCUCUCCCUCCUGGAAUGGUUUGGAGGUUCUUCCUCCAUUUUCAUUCUUUUUUGGGGAGUUUUUGUUCGAAGUGGAGAAUAUCGGUUUGGAUGUGCCCAAGAUGUUUUUCGUGGUAAAAAAUAAUCCGUUAUCCGUUGUUCUUUUUGUGUCUGACUUCUCUCUAAAAAAUUAUCAUUGCUUAAAAGAGGAGUUCUCUCUCUACAAUAAGUUUUCUCUCUAGUUACAUCCGCAUAGGAUCUCCUAUUAGUGCUAUCAUUUAUAUCUCCAUUUCUUUUUGGUGAUUUUUUAUCACUAAUAGUUCUCCUCCCUAGGGGAGACCUAUAAGAACGUGAAUUUCUUUCAUUUGGCCACACCUUAUUUGUUUGUGAUAUUCUCUGUGUUCUAUAUAAUUCCCUAUCUUCAUCCUUUGAUCUCAAUUUAUAUUGAUUAGUACCAGUGAAAUUCCUAUUAAUUGUUUUCUGAACUUCAAAUCUAUUAUAAGUAGGUGUUUUGGCAAAUCGUCUUCUGCGUGACAUUUUAUUAACUGUAGAAAAACAUUAUUGUAUUUAUCUUCUUUAUCUCUCCUAUAUAUUUUUACUCUUUGUCUCCGCAAUUUUUUCGUCUAGUUCUUUCAAUUUGUUAUUUAAUUCCUCCUCAUGUUGAAUAAGUUCUGGACUAUCUAAAUCUAGUGAUUGUUUCUCAUCUAAUUCAUGUAGUUGCACCUCAAGAUUAGCUUUCAUUUCUUUAGAAUAUUGAAUGAUGAGUUCCAUGAGCUGGAAAGAACAAUUGUUUAAAAUUUCAUCCCAUUUUUUCAUGAAAACAUCAUUCUCCAUACCAAAAGCUGGUGUUUUUUCCACUCUCAGACCUCUCGGUAUAAGGCCCUCUUUAAUAUAAUUUUCUAAGAAAGCUAUCUCCCACCAUUUUUUAUUCUCAUUGAUUAACAAUCUUUCUUUAGUUUUAAAAUAGUCCUCUAACUUUCUGAUUGGCUCAGGUUUUUCCCAAUCAUUAAAUAAAGCUUCAAAUUUUUGUGAUCUGGCUCUUUGAACCCUGGACAAAAAAUUUCCAGCGGUCGCCAUAUAAUCACACAAUGUACAAUAUACAGAGAUGACAAAAUGUAUAAAUUUAUACUGAACAAAGAUAUAAAUUUAUACUGAACAAAGAUAUGUAGCACACAAUAUCGGGGGUACAAAUAUGUUGAAAGAAAAAGAAAAAAAUACAAACGCAAGAAAUACAAAUGUACCUAACCAACACAGUGGUAGGAAUAUACGCGAGUACUUAACUUGGUAUGAGAUGAAUGCAGCUUCCCAAGAGGUUUCCCCCAAACGAACCUAUUUUGAUGUUCAAAUUAUUCUAAGACUGCUCCUUUUAGUCUUCUUAGCAAUUCAAAGGGCCGGUCGUUUGGAACGCAUGGGCCCGAUCUUGGAAUGCAACGUCAGUGGUUGUGACGUGCGUGGUUAUUUCGCCGCCGGAAAUCCAUGUGUGGAACGCAACCGGAAGUUGUGAUUUGGAACGCAGAACAUUACCGGACGGAUUACCAGCUGGUCUUAGCCGCGAAUUUUAAGGUGGCGAUCACCUGGAAAAUAUUGAUUUUAUUGAAGAGGGACUGCCUACAAAGGAACUCUCCAAUCAACAAUCGGACUGGUUAUAUUUAAGGGACUCUGUUGGGGGUGGGAUUAUGCAUGCUUUGUAUUUGACAUAUUGUGUAUACUGCAAAAAAUUCUCUCUGAUGAAGUCCAAUUUGUAUGGACGAAACGCGUUAGAUGCAGUAUUAUUUGUAUACUUUUAACUAUUGAUUUUUUGAUAUAGGCUUAUUAGUGCCUUUUAAUAAUAAUAAUAAAAAAAUUUUUAUACUUCACUGGCAUACUCCCACUUCUUUGAAGACAGAGCAACCUAUUCGUGGAGGGUGAAUACCACUGCAGCCCUUGAGGGCUUAAAGGCGCAUUAUCCAUCACUAUUUUUCAUUCAGCUGUAUCCCUAUUUUGUCCAUUUACAUACUGUAACUUCUGUCUAAAGCUUUUCAUCAAAGACUUUCCUAAACCCAGUUAUUACAUAGGACAGACUAUCUGUAUAACACAGUUCUAGCACAGAGAUCUAAAAGUAAAACACAUGACACAGUUAUUUGUUUCUAUGGUUAUUACUCCAAUGUGUACCACAGUUACUCUGAAUACAGUACAGUUCAUCUGACAAGUAUUCAGCAUGCACAGCUCCUCUUUGGACACAGCGCAUCACAGCACACGGAGCAUUUUAUUGUACACAGCACAACUCCGCAAACACAUAGCUUCUCCAUACAGACACCACACAACAAACAGGGCCUCUAUGCACACACACUGGUUCUCAGCAUACAUAGGGUCAUUACGCCUCUCUUUUCCCAACAAUUAGACCACUGGUCUCCUGAUUUUGCUGAAAAUCACAUAUUCACCCAUUCCUUAACUUUUCAGAGCCCAGUGAAAAACAAGCACUUGAAAACAAAUACAAAAACUGAACGAGUGGACUACGGCAGGGGCCCUACCUAGUCCUCAAUGUACACCAACAACCAAGAUUUUGUCAUGGAUUGUUGUUGUGCACUGGAACUGUGUUUCAAACUAUUGGUCUAGCCCAGCGGUUCCCAAACUGUGGGCUGCGGUGCCCUGGGGCGCUGCGUCGUGCACACAAGGGUGCCGUGGAAUAUUUCACUGGUGCUAUGAUUAUAGCACCGGGGAACAUUACUGCUCAACAGGGACCCGGUCGAGUGCCGCGGUCCUUUAAGACCGCGACCGGGCCCCUGUAAUGUUGGCCGGCUACUUCCUCCCAGCAUCCUGCAUGGAGACAGUGCGGGAGGGAGAGGAGACAGCCGUAGUGUGAGGGGAGAGGAGCAUGAAGAGCUCCAGACCCCUCACUCCCACAGCAGCAGGACUCCAAGCCACCGUCCUGGCACAUAAGGUAAACUAACGGAGGGUGGCUGGAGAUAUUAAAGAAAAAUCACUUUUGUGUGAGUGUGUGUGUAUGAGUGUGUGUAUGUGUGUAAGUAUGUGUGUUUGUGAAUGUGAGUGUUUGUAUGUGUAUGUGUAUGAGUGUGUGUGUAUAUAUAUGUCAGUGUGCUUCUGUGUCUGUGUGCACGCACAUAUCUGUGUUUGUGCAUCUGUGUGUCAGGGUGUGUGUUUUUAAUGUCAGUGUUUAUCUGUGUCAUGGUGUGGGCAUGUAUCAAUGUUUGUGUGUGUCAGGGUGCAUGUGUUUAUAUGUCGGUGUGUAUUUAUGUGUGUGUAUGUGUCGGUGUGUAUCUAUAUGUGUGUAUGUGUCUAUAUGAAUUUAUGUGUACGUGUCUGUGUAUUUAUAUGCAUCUGUGUGUUAACGUGCAUGUCAAGCCGUCAAACACCAGCACAACAUACAAGCACACUUCUGCAAUCUAACACAAAUAUUACAUACAAGCACACCCCUGCAUUCAAACAUAAAAAUAUACAAACACACCCCUUCACACAAACACAAAUACUUCACAGAAAUGUACAUCCACAUUUAAAAGUGAACAUUACAUUCUGACACACCCCUGCAAUCAAACGCAAACAUCACAUACAAACACACCCCUGUAUUAAAACACAAUAAAUAUAUACAAGCACCCCUUCAAACACCCACACUGUACAUUACACUAUAGCGCCAGUAAAUGCCGCAGCGCUGUACAGAUAUACAACCUAGAAAUUUUGACUUGGAGUGCCUUGGAAAAAUACUAAAAUAUUAAGGGCGCCUUGACCCUAAAAGGCAUAUUUAACAUCGCUAUUAGGCUAUAGUGCUAUCUAUAUUUUUCCAUGACCGCUAUUGGCCAAAAAAAAUUAUACACGUUUUCGACUACACAGUUGUAGAUCAAGCACAGGUUUAAUAUAACUUUAAUUGCCUUCUUUCUGGAUUUCCUUCUAAAUAAACCAGGCACCUUCUACCAGAACCCAUUAUAGUCUUCAUUAAUUUUCCAUGCAUUUUGUAAUUUGUUCUACUGCUGCAUUUUAGUGGUCCUUCUUUAAAUUAUCUCCAAAUUCAGUUUGUUCUUCUAGAUUUGUUUUUUGCACCCAAACUUGUGCAAGGACUUGAUGAUAUGACGUUGGAAGCUGUGAACCUUACAUAUGCCAACCGAACAAAGAUGUACUUACAAAUAUUACAAGGUCAGAUGGCAAGCUCUGGCUGGCGGUUUAUAUAUUGUGUUUCAAUCAUGGAUUCUAAUCUGAUAUAUUAACACAUUGUUUUGGCAUUUCUUCAGAUAAUUGGUUUUAUUCCACCUUCCCUUCCAUCUUCACAAGUGCCAUUUAUAUUGUUCACGUGCUCUCCUGCUACAGGUAACAUGGCUAUCAUUUGCUGUACUUAUUUUAUAACAGUACAAUCAUCGUUAGAAAAAUCAUUUGUUUGACAAUAUUCUAAAACAAAUUAUUGUGAGAAAACGCAUAAAAAACCAAACAAUGCUUUGGCCUAAGAUAAUCAUUUUUAAAAUGUCUUCUUCUUUUGUCUGCAGGAACCAAUUAAAGAAACUUUAUAGAGGUACCUCGGAGGUGUCCUUUACAAAUAGUCCCCCUGCUGUUCUGGUGAGUGCUGCAUUUUACCAUCCAUCACUUAGCAAGCUUUAACCUGCAUCUGUUAUGGCCUUCGUUUGGGACAUCAGUCCAUGGCAGAUCUUUGUUAAUUCUUCUGAUUAAAGCUUAAGUUUAACUUAAGUAUUUAUUUACCAUUUUUGUGGUCAAGGUCGUAUUUGAGAGUAACAGUGAUAUUUCUGAAAGGGUAUUGGGAUGUGGGCAUUCACCAAUGUAUCGUCCAAGCCGCAAGUAGUAUAUCUAGUCAUUGUAUUCUAAGAAUGAGGACAAAGAAGAUCAGAGAUCAAUAAGAAUUUGUUUUUGUUUUUCUUUAAAGGCAGAGUGUAAAAAAAAAUAAGUGGGACAUGAAAGCAAUGGAUAAGAUGGAAAUGUGAUGCAGCAAUACAUCAUGAUUACCCAUUUUUAUUCCAAUAUUUCUGUUGUUCAAAUGUCUAACUAUAUACUGUAACAUUCCUCCUAUUGAAUCUAUUGAUAAAAGAAGUGUAUGUUAUCACACAAAAGGUUGCAACCAACAGGAAGUAGAGAAUCCAUCAUAAAGUUGGCACCCGCUCGACUCUACCAGGGAGAUUAUUAAAUAUAAUAAAUAUUGUCACUUUUCAGUUUUUCACAGAAAAAAAGACUCUAAACCUCAUCCUGAUUGCUUUGGAAUGUUAACUAAUUUCAAUCAAUCAAAUGAGCUCAUAAGACAAGAUAGGGACUAUGUUGUUGUAUUGAUGAGUAGUGAUGUCCCUAACCGUUCGCCGAACGGGUCGCGAACGGUUCGCCACGAACGGUUCGCCACAGACUCAUCAUUGAGUAAACUUUGACCCUGUACCUCACAGUCAGCAGACACAUUCCAGCCAAUCAGCAGCAGACCCUCACUCCCAGACCCUCCCACCUCCUGGACAGCAUUCAUUGUGAAGCUGCAUUCUUAGUGAGCUGUCCAGGAGGUGGGAGGGUCUGGGAGGGAGGGUCUGCUGCUGAAUGUGUCUGUUGACUGUGAGGUACAGGGUCAAAGUUUACUCAAUGAUGAGUCCGUGGCGAACAGUUCGGGACAUCACUAUUGAUGAGCAUUUGACAAAAUUUAUCAAAAUUUUGCCUUGCCCUUUUUCCUAUGGUGAAAUGGGAACAUAAGUGAGUACUUGCUAUACCGGGCAGUAGGUGAAAUUGUACCAUAAGUACAUAGUUCAAGACCGUAGUAUAAGUUCAGAUAAGUACAUAGCUCAGUCUACCUCUGUUCUUAGCACGUUUCUGUGCUAAGAACAGAGGUCCUAUGACUUUGAAAUAACCUUCUAUAAUUUUCUGCAUUCAUUUGAAUCCCGCUGAGGUUCCUUCACUAAACCAAAACAAAUACCAAAAGGUCUACUCUGGCCACUUUCUGUGUUUUUUAAUUGUGGGAGUUUUUUCUUCACCAACUAAUCAUCCACAUGGUGCACCCUCUACUCUUUAAAUGGUCCAUCUUCCACAAAAGACGCAAUGUUUUUUCUUUCCUUUCGUUGUUCCUUAUAAUACGGGUUUUAAAAUUCGUUUUUUAAAGUAAAGUUUUGUAAUACACACAUAUUACUUGAAAAGAAGUUGAACGGUGAGCCAAGAAUAAACCUGAUUCUGGAGCAGAAUGUGAAUGUUGUAAAAUGUUCUUUUAUAGCGAUGAACAAUAGCGAAUAAAAAGGAGGUUGAGAUUACAUUGUCAUUAAAAAACAAUUCAGAUAAAGUGACUAACAGUGGAGAGCAAACAAGUUAGCCCUAUUUCCUUGUUGAAGCAUAGUAUCAGGUUUGUGAAAGGCAAACACAGUAAUAUGGUAUAAAGCAUGUUAUCACGCUGUAUAAAUAGCAGUGUUUUUGUAUUAAAAGGAGUGUCACAUGUUUUACCUUCGGUUGACUAAUGUUACAUUUAGUAAUUUUUUUUGUUAUUCUUGUUUCAGGCAGCUAGUAUACGAUACACAGGAAAUCAGAUCGCAUACUUGCUAUGGGGUAGGUGAAAGGCUUUUGUAAGCAGCGCUCUGAUUAAAUAUUAACAUGGAAAUUACACCAAUUCCAGCAAAGGCUAUUGUAAUACAAAUAGGUACAACGCAAAGAAUAACAAUCCAUCCACAUGCUAUCUACCCUAUCCUAUCCUAUCCUAUCCUCUAUCCUCCUUUUCCAUUAUUUGUUAUAAUUAGACUUGAAGAUCAGUUUUAGGCUGAACUGUGAUUUAGCCAAAUAAGUGCUAUUCUGGUGAUCAGCCAAAUUCCUGAACUUUGAGCCGAAAUGUACCCGAAUCACAACCCAACGAAUGUUGGCUUCCAUGCCACUAACUCUUGGAGAGGCUUGGAGGCCAGCCUUCUGCUCACAGACUAUGAGCCCAGUCCCAAGAGCUCCUAAAAGGGCUUAUUGUCACUGUGGGCAAGGUAUGGGGGUCUUGGAUAUAUUCACCACUUUACAGGAGGUAGGCUCUCCAGAUGGAAGAGGCACUAUAAAAAGGGAUGAUUGAUGGGAAAAACAGGAAUAAUGUUUACGGGACAGUCAUUAAAUGUUGAUUUUAUUCACGGAUCAAGUGAGAAGUGCACAAUAUAUGUUGUUGAAAGGCGUAGGCAGUGGCUGAGUGACAGGCAACAGAGGGUUGUAGUCAACAGAGUAUAUUCAAAGCAUGGACUUGUCACCAGUGAGUUACCUCAGGGAUCUGUACUUGGACCAAUUCUCUUUAAUAUUUUUAUUAGUGAUAUUGCAGAAGGUCUUGAUGGUAAGGUAUGUCUUUUUGCUGAUGAUACUAAGAUAUGUAACAGGGUUGAUGUUCCAGGAGGGAUAAGCCAAAUGGCAAAUGAUUUAGGUAAACUAGAAAAAUGGUCAGAAUUGUGGCAACUGACAUUUAAUGUGGAUAAGUGCAAGAUAAUGCAUCUUGGACGUAAAAACCCAAGGGCAGAGUACAGAAUAUUUGAUAGAGUCCUAACCUCAACAUCUGAGGAAAGGGAUUUAGGGGUGAUUAUUUCUGAUGACUUAAAGGUAGGCAGACAAUGUAAUAGAGCAGCAGGAAAUGCUAGCAGAAUGCUUGGUUGUAUAGGGAGAGGUAUUAGCAGUAGAAAGAGGGAUGUGCUCAUGCCAUUGUACAGAACACUGGUGAGACCUCACUUGGUGUAUUGUACGCAGUACUGGAGACCGUAUCUGCAGAAGGACAUUGAUACUUUAGAGAGACUUCAGAGAAGGGCUACUAAACUGGUUCAUGGAUUGCAGGAUAAAACUUACCAGGAAAGGUUAAAGGAUCUUAACAUGUAUAGCUUGGAGGAAAGACGAGACAGGGGGGAUAUGAUAGAAACAUUUAAAUAUAUAAAGGGAAUCAACACAGUAAAGGAGGAGACUAUAUUUAAAAGAAGAAAAACUACCACAACAAGAGGACAUAGUCUUAAAUUAGAGGGACAAAGGUUUAAAAAUAAUAUCAGGAAGUAUUACUUUACUGAGAGGGUAGUGGAUGCAUGGAAUAGCCUUCCAGCUGAAGUGGUAGAGGUUAACACAGUAAAGGAGUUUAAGCAUGCGUGGGAUAGGCAUAAGGCUAUCCUAACUAUAAGAUAAGGCCAGGGACUAAUGAAAGUAUUUAGAAAAUUGGGCAGACUAGAUGGGCCGAAUGGUUCUUAUCUGCCGUCACAUUCUGUUUCUAUGUUAAGAAUAGAAGGUAAAAUGUAUAUAUAUUUAUAUAUUAAGUUGAAGGUUGUUCUUGAUCCUGUGAAAAUCCCAUAGGUGGACUGAAACUUUGAUCUUUUUAACUAUCUAAAAUAAAGUAUUUUGACUUUUAAGAGGACCAUGAGUGCAGCCUAAUCUCUUGAUUGGUAUAUUUAUAUUUUGAUAUGUUAGGUAUUUAUUAAUUAUAUAAGAUUGUUUCUCACUGCUCCUCCUGUUUCCUUUUCUUUAUUGAUUACUUUUUAUCGCUCGAUCUGUGAACCAAUGGCGAUAAAAUGCUCCUAUCAAUGUUCUGCAAAAUAAAUCAUAAUAUUAAUAUUUUUUUUUGUGCCUUUUUUGUUCUUCUGAUUCAUUUCCUGAAUUGUAAGCUCGGUUCCGAAAACCCAUAUUCAGGAAUCCUAAAUAAUUGUGGUUCGGCCGAGCAGAAUUGUUUUGUGCCGUGUCUAGAUACAAUCUUUCAUUGUGUAGUACAUAUUUAAUUCUAUGAACUCUCUGCAUGUGAGAUCUGUGUUUCAAUGUAUAAUAUAUGUUUUGCGAUACAUAAUAUAAGAGAUUCUCCAUCUAGUACAAUGUAAUAAAACACCUGAAUUUAAUCCCUAAAAACUCUUCAUGCUAAUAACUCUAAUAAUGCUUUUGGUUUUUAGGAUAUUUCCUUCUGCAUAUUAUCUUCUUCCUCAUUGGACUGAUUAUUUCAUUUGUGUUCGUUAUCCCAAUAAAUGAAGGAAAUGGAAUGAUUGUUCUAGAAGGCUUGGGUUACACACUGUAAGAAUCUCUAUCUUAUGAUAUUUGAAAUAUGUCUGUUCUGUCUAUAUUAUAAUCAAAUUUUUUUAGAUGCCAAAUUGGCAUUUAGAACAUAAAAAAGAUUUGUAAACAUAGAUUUGCAAGUAGAAUCUGCAUUGAAUCAAGGCUUUCCUGUGGGUGCUUCGGUAUCACGUGACUGAGUUUUACUAGUGCCAGGAAAGCACCUCUAGUGGCUGUCUAGUGCCACUACAGGGAAAUUUAACCUUGCAAUGUAAAUAUUACACCGGAGUGUUAAAAGGACAGGCGCACGGCACCCAAACCACUUCAUUGAGAGGAAGUGGCCUGGUUGACUUUAGUCUUCCUUUGUUUGUUCAUGCACUUAUUAUUUCCUGUAUUGAUUAUUGCAGCCCACACAUACUUAGUUUCAAUCAUGUUCAAUUAACGCCUCAAAGUCCACAAUGGAUGCUGUUGUCAUGUGUAACUGACAACAGGUGUAACCUUCGCUGCUUUGUCAGUCCUUAGUUAGCGUUUCUAAUUCAUUUUGGAUGGAAUCGAAAGUUCUAAUGUUCAUCUUCAAGGUACUGUACACUGUGCCCCAGUCUCCAUAUCCUCAUUACUAAUGGGGAUACGCAUUAAAGUCCAAAUUGGGUCCAGAUGGACAAAAUUCAUCUAAAUAAGCACAUUGUGACCUGAUUUUCAAUUCUAAUAUUUACUAAAGGGAAAGUCAGAUAUUUUAACAAUAUGAGCACAUAUCAUUUGGUACCAUGAAAUAUAAGAUUCACAUAUUCAUUAAACAUCGAAUUUUAACCAAAUUCUUGUAAUCUAGUAAAAGGCACAUUAGCAAAAUGAAUUCAUCAGCUCUUUUGCAGGUGAUUGUACAGAAAUUCACUGUUUGUCCACUGACAGCACAGCAGGCAAAGAAUUAAAAUAUGUAUAGAAGAAAUUUAAAUAACAUUAACCUAAUAAAUACUAUUUAUAAAUUAUAAUAAUAAAAUGUGCAUUUUAUAACCUAAAUGUUUUUAUUUUACUUAUUGGAGUAUAAUAUCAUCUAUGUAGUUAUACCCUCUCCCCCUAGUGGUUAGUUAUCAAUAUGGUGCUAAAGACAGAUGUUUGCAAUGCAUUCACUUGUAUUACAAUUGUGUAAAUUUAAUUGAGUCAUCGAGCAUGCCCACAGACAGUUAAUUCUGAGCAGGGGCAUUUUGACCCCAAGUUCCAUGGACAGAAUAGGUUCCAUGGACAGAGAGACAGAAUAAUGCGUCCAAUUACAAAUUUUGUGACAGUGUCCCUUUAAUGUACCAUAUUUGCAGUUAAAGGGAUACUGUAGUCACCAGAACAACUACAGCCUAAAAGGCAGUGUUUACAUUACAUCACUCAAACUGCCACUAGAGGUGCUUCCUAUGUCAGUGCUGCACAGUGGGAAGCACUGGUGUUGAGCAUCCUCACACUCUUCAUGGAGACACUGAACAUUAUCCAUAGAGAUGCAUUGAUUUAAUGCAUCUCUAUGAAGAGAUGCUGACUGGCACAGGAUGGUUUUUGCCGCGCAUGCGCAAUAGCCUCACAAUGAAAGCAUCGGAAUGCCUGAGAUCAUCAAGUUUAUAGGUCUCAGCCAUGGAGUCGAAGCCAGAUGCGGUGUGGGAGAAAAGGUGAGUAAAAACACCUUUAGACAUCUCUGACAGGGUGGCUGGGGUUUAGUAGUAGGUUUAACACUACAAUGUCAGGAAUACAAGUUUGUGUUCCUGCCGCUGUAGUGUUCCUUUAAGUAAUGUAUACAGGACAGUGUGAGAGUAUGGUGGGGGUACAGGGUUUUACUACAUUGGGAGCAGGGUCAAUACAGCAUAAUUGGGCUUAUUAAAGUAAUUAUGGAGUUUAUAAAUAUAGUGCCAUUUAAUACUCUGAACACAAUCAAAGAUUUAUUGUCACAAUAUGAUUUAUAGAACAAGCUGCAAUUACGGUUAUACAUAGGGUUGGUUGUAGCAGGCUCUUAAUUCAUUAUAUUUGGGAGGGCCAUAAAAUGUACCCUCAGGCUGUUCUAGAGUUUAUGUCAAUAUAUUUUCUUAUGUUGCAGACUGGGGUUAGUACUGAUUAUGGCCAUCACGUGUGCUCAGAUACUGGCAUCACAAUUCUGGUUUCUUCAAGACAAACUCUCUCCAACGGACAAAGCCAAACCCCUGGCCAUCAAUAACAGGUAUUCAUUAUUACAAUGUUCAUCAACAGACUUAGCUUCCAGGACCGUCAGGAUGAAUCGUUACCUUAUUGCAGAUCAGAAAAUAGACACUGCAUGUUAAUAUUCUUUAUUAAAUAUCGUUCUAGAACUGUACACCAGGGAAUUACAUUAAAUUGGACAUCUAUACUAUAAAAUUACAUAAUGACAAUUUAAACCUCUGUCAGUCCCUACAUUGGCUUCCCGUAAGAUAUAGGACUUAAUUUAAGAUACUGAUAGUUGCUUAUAAAUCUCUACACGAUGCUGCUCCAACCUUUUUAUCCUCACUAAUACACAAAUAUGUCCUGUGUAGGCCACUUCGCUCUGCCAAAGACCUACGUCUAAUGUCUGUUCGUACUCCUACCUCUGAUGCUCUCCUUAAAGACUUCUCUGGGGUUGCACCAUUCCUAUGGAACGACCUUCCCCUCUCUGUUAGACUCUCACCCAGUCUCAACACCUUCAAAAAAUCUUUUAAACUUACUUUUUCCAGAAAGCAUAUCAAUUAAACUGUGAACAACUUUUUCUAGCCGCACCCUGAUUCGUCUCCUGCAACUGUCAUCAAAACAACAGCUAGCCCUCAGUGAACACUAUCCUAGCCACUUACUUUUCUACCCUACCCUUACCUUCUGUAGGGUCACUACACCCUACUCCCUCUAGCAUGGGUAGCGCCCUCAACCCUUCUGUUUCUGUGUGUCCAACUCGUCUGGUUACAAAUACUAAUACGUGUCUGUUAGUUCACCUGUUGUACAGCACUGCGGAACCUGUUGGCUCUUUAUUUGUAAUAAUAAUAAUAAUGUAUCAUGCUGUAAUGUGAAGAGUUAUAACACAAUGGGUGUUAUUUACUAAAUUUACAAAACAUGGAAUUGUAGUGAAAUUUAAAAAUGGAUUGCACAAUGCAGACAAAAAUUGCUGAGCCGAGGCACUGAAAAUGUUCUCAAAAAAACAAUUUUUCCCAAAUUUAGCAAAUUUCACUUUAUGCAAAUUAAGUUCUGUAUCGAGGGAAUAACCUCCAUUGUGUUAUUAUGAUAUAAUAUAAAAUUUUUUUAUAUAUAUAUAUAUAUAUAUAUAUAUAUGUAGAUUUGCACCAUUUGUUGAUUCAAGCAGAUCUAAGUAUGGUCUUAUGAACGGAACACCAUCCUUUCCUGCAAUUUAAAGAAAUACAAUCCUGUGUUCCUAACGCUAUAGUGUCCCCGUCCCUAAUAAUAUUCAGGACCCCAGUUUGCACACACAAAAAAUAAAAUAUCAUUCAUCUCAUUAUGUACUAUGCAUUAAUAUUUCUAUGGUUCUGAACCUAGGAGAGCAUUUCAGAACUUCAGCUAUUUCUUCAUGUUCUACUCUACUAUCUUGGGUUUUGGAACUUGUCUAAUAAGAGUCACGCUCAAUGUUUUCCUGGGGAGCUGGUUAUUGGCAAGAAUUGAUCGUCCCAUCUUUCCGAGAGGCUAUGAGGUUGCUGAUAUGGGUGAGUACCAAUUUCUUUCAGAAAUCUGAUUUAGACAGCAUGUGAGAAAACAAGAAAAACAGACAAAAAAGUUCACCUUACUCUCCGUUACUCUUUGAUUUACCACAACAAGAGGACAUAGUCUUAAAUUAGAGGGACAAAGGUUUAAAAAUAAUAUCAGGAAGUAUUACUUUACUGAGAGGGUAGUGGAUGCAUGGAAUAGCCUUCCAGCUGAAGUGGUAGAGGUUAACACAGUAAAGGAGUUUAAGCAUGCGUGGGAUAGGAAUAAGGCUAUCCUAACUAUAAGAUAAGGCUAGGGACUAAUGAAAGUAUUUAGAAAAUUGGGCAGACUAGAUGGGCUGAAUGGUUUUUAUCUGCCGUCACUUUCUAUGUUUCUAUGUUUCUAUGAUUUAUCCUCAAUCAGGUAGCGUAUUUCCUCUGAAAGUGAAAUUCAGAAACUCCAGAUUACCAUUUCAGCCUUCGUAACUCAUGGUACAGUGAAAUUAAUCUCAACCAAGGACAAUUAAUAUCCAGCACUCAGACAUGUGGAUACAAUAAGUGUUAAGAUAAAUUGUGACUCUGUACUGCCUCAUAGUGGUAGGUUAAGUUAAAUACCAAAUUAUCCUGUUUCAACAUAGAAACAUAGAAUGUGACGGCAGAUAAGAACCAAUCGGCCCAUCUAGUCUGCCCAAUUUUCUAAAUACUUUCAUUAGUCCCUGGCCUUAUCUUAUAGUUAGGAUAGCCUUUUGCCUAUCCCACGCAUGCUUAAAUUUCUUUACUGUGUUAACCUCUUUCAACAUAUCUCAAUACAGAAUGCACCUGUAGUUAUGGUUGUUUAUAUUUCUUACCUGUUCUAUAUUAAAUUUAUAUAUGUGUAUAUUAAUAUUAUUAAUGCCAUACUUGUGGGCCAGGACAUAUGUGAAAACUAGAGAAAUCUCAAUAUAUCCUUCCUUCUUCUAUAUUUAGUGUAUAUAUAGGAGGCCAUUAAAACAUACUCACAAUUGACCAAUGAAUGAACUCUUCCCUACAGUGGAAUGUUGUGAAAUAUACAAAGAAAUUAACUAAAGUGUGAUAGACAUUUCUCUUUGUAGCAUUUAAAACAUCUCUACGUCUUGUCGUACCAUGCACAAGUCAACAGAAAAUCCUUAUCUCCCUGGAGGGCAAAGCCUCUAAUGCACUAUGUCUAAUUAUAUAUUUUAUGGAAUUAUUUUCGUAGUAGUGAGUCUCGAUGUAUCUCUUGUUCUCCUGCAGGAUACAGCACAUGGGUUGGAAUGCUCCAGGUUGACCUGUAUCACACUCACCCUGUAAUGCUGUCCUUCUGUCACUUUCUCCUACAAGAUUCUGCUUCCAGAAUGCAACAGUCCAGUCCAGGUACUUAGAAUCCAUCAUUCUGUUACAGUUUAACUUAAUGUAUUUUGAAGAGGUUGAUCCAAUGACAUUUAUAACAGCCAGAUUUCUUGUCCAUUUACUACGUUGCCUUAUGUGUAGGUAGCAAAGGAUUAGGACAGAGGUCUCUUAAACGUUAACUAGCGGAGAUGUCAAGUGUAAAUGGAUUGAGAUGCUCAAUAAACUUAAUUUACUACCUGCAUUUAAAUUAUAUACAGCGGUGGGCAUCAAUUGUUUAACCCCAUAAAGACCAGGGUGAGGGGGAGCCUAAUGCGCAUGCAUGGCAAGUGCGGCUCGUGCAUUAGAAAAUCUCCAUGUAAUAGCAUAGAAUUAAUGCUUCCCUCUCGGGAUUUGCAAGACGCUGGACGUCCUCAUGCAAACUUCAGAAAGCACCUAUAGUGGCUCUCUGGGAGACAGACACUAGAGGCAGUUUUAACCCUGCAAUGUAAACAUAGAGUGCAUUGUUUUAGAUUGCACGUUUAAGGGGACAGGGCCACUGCACCCAGACCACUUCACUGAGUGCCUACCCACAGAUCUCCGAAAGGGACUGUCUUUUACUUGGCUCCCCGAAUCCACCUUGUAACCACUAAUUAAACUGUAAAAUAGUCCUAAUGCAUAAAGAGACUCUGUCACUUUGGCUUUUGUGGGUUUGCCAUGUUUAAAAAAUCACCCCUGGGCUGCCCCAUUUUCUUUUUUUUUUGUAAGUGAUACUUAUUUUAAAAAUUAUAUAUAAGGAAAAGUAGAUGGGGAUUUUUGGUUACUGUCAAUUCGAAGAUGGCGGCACCGUAAAAGAACCCAGCAGCAUAGGCACAGCGGGAAAUAAAAGGUAAAUUGCACUGGUUCUGGGGUCAAUAAAGGUUGAGCAGGGGAUCCUCGGGGAUGGAGAGGGGUUUAUAGAGACAGGAAUCCAUUGGCUUUGGGUUGGGGGGUGUUUAAUGAUGCUUUAAGAGAAAUAUCUGAUCUGGCUGCAAAUCUGUCUACAUGCAGAUAAUACUAUUGGUGUGUUUAUUGUGACUCUAUAUAGAAACAUAAUCAUAGAAGCAUAGACUACUACUUAGUGUUAAAAUGGCACCAGGAGACUCCUAAUGCCUGCAAUUACAUGCGGAUUGGCAUUACACAACUUCUCAGGAGAAAAAACUCAUACUACCUAUUUUUAAAUGUAUUUACAUUUUUAAAUUCACUUGAUUCUGACACCCACUAACAUGAUGCCUAUAGUAGGCCAUGCCUGGACAUAAAAUGUAAAUUACAUCUUAUGUUCAUCCUAAUCACUGAAAAAGCUCACCCAGGCUGCAUAUAAUGCCUAUAGGCAGCACAGUCACUAAUAAUGCUUUAUAAAACGUUUCGAUUGGUUGUGUUUUAAUUUCUCUGAAAGAUAUACAUGAGACAGAGUAGGAUAUGUUCUCAUAUGUCAGUAUUUGGCAAUCGGCAGAGCUUCCACCUCCACAUCUUACUAUUCCCUAUCAGUAGUGGUAGGUGGAGUGGUCUGGUGGGAUCUUCGAUAUACUCUUUUUUUUGUACAGAAGCAAAAGCUCAAUAGUGAAGCCAACUCCUAGCUGGUACAGCUCUCAGGAGAUGAAGUAGCAUGGCAAUGAAAAGAUGGCAGUCACAAGGAAGGGAAAUUUAAGGUAAGUAUAUCGCUCUAUCUACUUCCCCCAGGCCACCACCAUACAAGUGGACAGAUCACAUCUGAGGUUCUUUGCAAAAAUCAAUGAUAUCACAAAUUAUUGUGGCACUGCAAGGAAAACUAACAUUCCCUUAUAUGUUUUCGAUCUAGGCUUUUUUGCAGCUUGAUUCUCUAAAAGUGUUCACAGUAUCUCGAGUUUUGCUAAUUCUGGAUAUUUUUGUCGUACAGAUGUGCUCCAGGACUGCAGGAAAAAACAAGGUCGGACAAAAUGGCAUCUGGCCUAUACACUGAUGAACAAUCCAACAUUGAUCCUGAGCAGGAAGCAGAAUAAAUCCUCCUCUGUUCCCAACCCUGAAAGACAGUACGCACUAGAGAGGUUAUUGAUUUCGGCUGUACUUUCCCGCUAUCAGACACAGACAGAACAGGACAACGGACACUUCACAGAAACAACUGGUCGGGAGCUAUAAACUAGUGCUGGUUAUACACUGAAGGACCAUUUUUCUUGCUGAAACAACAUAGUGAUAAAAGAAUCACACAAGGUGCUAAACUACCUACAAGAACUUUUACACCUCUACAUAUCAUAUCUUUUUAAACCAAUCAGGAUUGCCAUCAAAGUGUUCGGUGGAGUGGAGACUACUUUGCUGGCCCUUGUUGGACUUGUGGCCCAGAUAAGUGAAAUUACUACCUUUUAAAACAUCAAUUUGACUGUGAGAUAGACCUGGAAAUAAAGACUUGCAUUCUGAGUAUAUGAGGGACACAAAGCUUAAAACCUUCAACAAAUUUAAAUUGGGUCUUCAAGUUGUGGUCAAAGCUUUGAGGACUAUACCAUGACAGGUCAAGACAUUCUGCCAAAUGAGUCACCUAUAACGUUUGUAACAUUGGUCAAUAAAAAUUGUUGUUUUUUCAGUUCUGUAAACAAAGGUGCAAGAUGUAUAUGGUUUGUUAGAAAAACAUGGAAUCCCCUGAGGAUAUUUCCGUGCAUUCACAGUCAGCGAAUAACCCGGUGGAAUAUGGAAUUUAUUGUAUAGGUGUGGAAAAAUUUGGAGGAAUUUCAGCAAGGUCUAAGCAUUGUUUAAAAAUGGAAACUUAAGUUCAUUAAUUUUUGGCUUACUGUUUAUAGUAUCCUUCACGUGUUUCUUGUAAAGACAAGUAUGUGUUUGUUUUGACCUCAGUGUUCCUAGACAAAAUAUACUCUUAUGGUACCUAUAAAAAGAUGUAUUUACAUUGUAAAGAGAAAUAGGGGAAAAAAAACAUUAGGUACAUUCCGUGAGGACACGAGUUAUCCCCAACUAUUAGAUUUAGAUAUUUUUUCUGCCCCUCAACUUUGUCUACAAUGUUGCUCUUCCACGGCCUCAUUUUCCUUUACUCUGUCUUUCUCCAAUCUAACCACCCCAACCCACCCCUCCGUGUCAGGAAUUUUGAUGACCAUUUACUGAAGUCCUACAAGAUGGAUCCAGUUUGAGAUUUAGCCACAAGAGGGAGAUCUAUUCUCAGAACUUUAAUACUGGCCAGCUUGUUGUCACUGAUUGUGUUCCUGGAAAGCUCAUGUUCUGGGAAAAUAAAUGACCGAAUAGCUG